AUGACCUCGGAGGAAGACAUAUUGCAGAUGACUACUACGGCCGACCCCACAUGGCCAGGAGUCUCCGGCUGGGAUUCCAUCUUUUCCACAGUGAAAGAACAAGUACCUUCUCUGGAUUCAGAUGAGUCGUCCCUGGUGAGUGUUCGGACUUGACCUGUUAAUUAUUAUUAGUAUUAUUUAUAUAGCGCCAGCAAAUUUCCGUAGCGCUGUUAAUGCAGGCCUUUUCAUAUUCAUGUAUUUAAUAUAACUAAGACAUAGUGGGUCCUACUGCUAGGGCAAUCCGUUCUGGAGUGUGGGCUUGCUAAUCAUUUCAAACACAAAAACUACCACUACAAACACCAAUCUUAAACAAGCCUGCAGUCUCUGAAAAAGACACCCCUCUCAGCGUCUCCACUAAACGCAACCUGUUAUAACUGCUAAUAGUUAUCUGCGUUUUAUGUAUGUUAAAUGUAUUAUGUUUAAGGGGCAUAAUUAAAGUGGCAAUACAGACCUGGAAUUGAAACCCACCAUUUUAAGGCAUUUGAAGAAUGAUAAUUAAAAAUAUGCAAAUAUUGUUAAAAAUGUAUUAAAAUAAAAAAAACUAUCUUUUAUAAUAACACUUUGUGAUCCAUUUGAUUUAGGUAGAUGUGGAUCAGCCACCAGUAAAAGCCAAAACGCACCUUCUGUUUGCCUCACCUUAAGUCUUCUUAUUAUCCAUUGAUAAAAUGGCUGGACCCAGUCACAAUCUGCCAAUCAAUCACAAAAGGCUUUUUCUUUUGUUUCAACAGUCUGAUGGUGACGAUGAGGAGAUGCACAUUUUCCAGAGAGAUCAUGUUUGUUUUAUGCCAGACCUGUCAGAAGAACUAUUAGGAGAGGUCCAGGACACUGAAGUCCAGGUGAGCAUCUGCUUUGACACAUCCUAACUCUGAGAAGCAUAUGAUUCGAUGCUGCCCAGCACGAAUAAGGAAGUUAUUUUAACUGUCUUGCUUGGGUACAUUAAAAUAGGCAUAUUUAACCUAGACUGUUCCACGGUACCCUGACGUGUAUGACCUUCAUUACUUUUCUAGGAUGAUUCUGAGCUAAUGAACUUUGAGAGAGAGGAAUGGACGGAACCAAAGGAGAGCUCUCGUGACGAUCCAAACCUCACAUUCACCAACCAUGACACAAAGCAAAUAACCCCUGACCCCAGCACUAGUACGGAGCCCCUGUUCUCGGAGAAGACCGAGACCCCAAAUGGAGAAAUGAAGGACCUGGUUAAGAUUGAGUGCUGUGAAUUUCAGCUUAGUGUAGAGGAUUCACUUAUACGGGAUAGUCAGAGCGUUGAGGUGCAGAGUGGAAAGGAUCCGAAUGGACACCUAGAUCCUGUCUCCCUCCACGAGAAGCAGGUAAGGCUGUCGUGCAAUACACAGAGUUGAAGCUCACGUGACACUGCUAUCAAAGCAGCCGAUUAACUAUGGGCCUCAGUCACAAAAGGUGAUGUUGAGUUAAAUACAAAUAAAAACCAUAUGUAUCUCCGAGGGAUAUCUUCUCCUUAAUCUGUUAAUUUACACCCCUACAAACUCAGAGUGGUCCCUGAUUGUGAAAUAUAGUGGGGUAUUUUUCCUGUGUACAGUUCUGCUUCUUUCACCCCUGAAAUUGUUUCCGCAUGCCAUUUAAACUUUUUAUAAUUAUCUUUCCAUUCAAUAAUGUUAAUUUGUUUCAAACUCUUGAUACCAUCUCAAAUAUAUAAGCGAAGUCUAGACUGCAACAAAGAAAAUUACAUGUAGCAUAACGAGUACUUGUUCAUUAAACCGUGAUGUUCAUUAUACAGGAUAGAACCUUCACCUUUUUUUUAGGUCAGGACAGAAGUCAGUCGAGGGUAAGGUGUUUAAAGAGAACCAGAGAGAGUUGUUAUGGUGUAGAAAUAUAUAUUAUCGCUCUGAUUGAUAAAUAAAUUAAGAAUAAUUUUACCCGAGUCUUCCUUACUUUUCUCUUCCUGUAUGUCAAUAAAUGUUUAUUGAGAGAUUUUCUGUUGAUAUGGUAAUAAAGACGUCGGGCUGUAUAUCCCCCUUAGGGUGCAGAGCAGUGGGACCUUGACCGGGUUCUCCAGCAGAUCAUGGAGAUGGGGGAGAUCCACCUUCCAACCAGCCUCAAUACAGCACGUCUCAGAGACUCUGGUACGUGUAGCACUGUCUGUCCGUGUGUCACUAUAACUAUGUGCGUGUCAGGCCCGUAGCAUGUCCUGUCACCUGGCCAGUAGCUAGGCGAACCCAUGUCAUUCAGCCCCCUUUAUGGAUUUCUAAUUGGACAUGUAAGUGGCUCUUGUCAUUCAAAAACCAUGGUGCACUGUCUCUUUAAGAGAGCUCCAACACUUUAGUGUUCCAACUUUUAAUUGGGGCUUUGCCUAUUAAAAGUCAUUGGUCAAAACAGAGGAAAAUAGGCAACAAACAUUAACCAAUCAUUUUGCAUGAAGACAUAAAUGUUUCACAAGUUUAGUUAGAUCACACUUUUUGAAUGGAAACACAAAUAGACGCAAAAGCAGUCAGUAUUGUUUGACUGUGAAAUGCCAUGCGUGUCUGUGGUGUAGAUGGUUUAAAAAGUAAAAAUGUCGAUUUUUAUUUUAUUUUAUUAAUUUGUCUUUUUUUUCCCAGAUGAGCUGAUGCUUCCUCCACUGCUGCCGUUUGAAAGUUAUUCAGCAGCAAUCCAAGACCAGAUCAUGAAACAGCUGUCGGAUCUGAGUGCUAGGCAAUUGCAGUCUGUUCCUCGUGUUCAGCAGUUGGCAAUUGAGACAAAGGAAAAUGAGAGCAGGGGAAUCUCCUGCAGGUGACUUUCAGAAUGGGAUGAAACCAGCGCGGAUGGGUGGGCAGUUAGUGAGAGUGUCCUCAGGGGAGUGGGAGAGGAUUUCUAAUGAAAACAAUCAUCCAUGGAUUAAGAAGAGGGAAUCUGUAACAUUAAAACCGUAACACAUUACAAUGCAGUAUCUCCAUAUCAUGUAGCAUAGUAUCAUUUUAAACCAUUUAUCCAAGUCAUUCAGUAAAUAAUUGAAAGGACACUACAAUCACUAUAUGGUUACAUUAGCUGAAAAGAGAAGUGUUAAUCAAGUUCAGCAUUUCUCACAUCUGUUUUUGCUGUUGAUUCAAAAGAAGGCAAACCCCCCCCCAGUUUGAAGAAAUUGCAAUUUUGCAACAAACUAGGAAAAAAAUCAUUCUUAAUCCCAGAAUGGCAGUCAGAUUUAUCUUUGGAUUUAUGGACUCUUUCUAAUUUUGGACAUCACCAUGAGGUUAAAAAACUGAUGAACUGCUAAAAUGGAGAAUACAUAAUUUGCAUGUGAUUUGCAUACAGAACCGAGGAACCUGUUGGACAGGUUGUCUUCUUGUAUUUGGGUACUUCCUGGUUUGGUUAGCUCAGUGGAGCUAAACUCAAGAGGCAGCAAUUGUCCAAAGCACCUGCCUUGCAAAGACUUCUCAUUGAGCUGCAUUGGGAAGUCUGUGAUUGGGCAGCCACAGAAAGUCUGGGCGGGGAUAGAAGGGGAGGGCUUACAAAUCCUGUAGACAAGCAAUCUUGCUUUUGUAAACUGCUUUUAGAAGUACCCCCUAUGAAAAAAAAUUAUAAUUGCAUUGCACGUUUUCAUUGUAUGCUGUUAUUUUCAUUUAUUUUUUGUAUUUGGGCAGUGGGGCGUCUCUUUAAAAAAAUGAACAUUUUUGUUUUAUAGGAGCAAUAGUUAAUUUUUAAAGCAGUUAAAAUCUUUGAAAAAAACAACAUAUAUACUAUUGGUGUUUAAAGAUAUACUUGUUUGUUUGUUUGUUUCUGCUGUUGUAUCGAUUGGAUCAGCUGGAAAUGCCAAAUAUUUAUUUCCCACAAUGCUAUUGUGACCGAGAAUGCAAAUUAGAAAACAUACAGCUCUGCAAUGGCAUAAAACGUGUCCUCUGGCAGACUUUAGGAGCUGAACCCAUUAGACACAGAGAAUUAUGGACACAAAAUACGGAUUAAAAGAUUCAGACAGAAUAAGGGUGAAAGCGAAUGUUAAAUAAAAGACUUCUCGGAUUCAAUUUUAUAUCACAGACAAUAUUUUUCCUGUCAGUAUUUGAUACAAUAUUUUUUCUGGUCUUCACAUAAGAUUUCCCAAAUUUCUUUGACAUUUAUUUUAUUUAACAAUUGCUAUAUAGCACCCUUCUUCAUUUUGCUAUCACUAAAGGAAAAUAGACUGAAACAGUGUAAAUGUUUAAUUUCUGAUAGGUUUAUCACCCGUCACAGUGCACAUUUCUGCAUACUUACCAUUAUUUUCUUUUCCUGAUAAUUAGCGUGUCUGCAAUGGCUUGCAAUGUGCUUUGGGGCAAAAAUAUUGAUAAUGGAGCAGUUACCAUUGUAACGAUCAGAAUCUUCUUGUGGGUACAUAGGUUUCCACGGUGACUGCACCAUAGUUAUCUCUGUUGCCAUGCUUUGCUAAUUUCUCUCUUUGAGUUUCCCUAACUAGGUAUUUUGCGGAGAAAGAAUGUUUGUUUUUUUUUGUGAUCUUUUAAUGUGUUUUUUUCAAAUUAUUUUUUUGUUGUUUCGUUUUGUUUUUUUUAGAGCUAAAUGAUUAUAAUAAUAAUUUAAUGUGAUGACACCUGUUCUAUUCCAGGAAGGAUCUUGACACAUUGGAUGGUAAAAAACACCAGGAACAAAUGUCUACUGUUUAUAUAGAUUUGAGGUCAACUGCUCUCCACGUGGACUCAACAACCAUAGAAGAUCAGCGGAAAGGAAAGUCCACACAUGUCAAAGAGAAGACAGAGGAAAGGCUCCACAACAGGUGAGUAGUCUGAGAUAGCCCCCCCUUCCUCCCACUUUCUCACAAUCAAAGAAUGUCUGAUAACUGUAAAUAUCACUGUCUGCUCCAUAGAGAUUGGAAAUGUAGGUUUUUUGUUUGAAAGACGACGGGCUCAGCUCCAAAUACUACAAAAUGCUACGUAACGUUAGCAGCUCUGCAAUCUAACAGCUUUGCAAUAUUUUCUCAAGUGCCCAUUGUGUGGAAAUCUCCUAUUCUGUCGAAGUAGACAUAUGACUGGAAGACUAUUAAGGUUAUCAGAAAAAUAGAAAAGUCCCAAAAGAUUAAUGUUAAUUAAUAUUUAAAGUUUAAUCUGAUAAGAUGGUGAUAUCCUAUAAUUAGGACAAUGUUCUCUUGCAGGGUUCAACUUACAGGAAAAAGCUUGCUGCUUCACCAACUCCGCCAUGUUAAAAAUAUCCCACCCUCAGACGCACUAGAUAACAAGUCCCAAGAACCCGAGUCUGCUAUGGUGAGUAAGGAAAACCAGGCUCCUACUUCACAGCUCCAAUGCAAGAGACGACUGAAGAACAUUGGGCAAAACACGGCCAAAGUCCAGGAAAGAGAAGAAGCAAAUAAGGAAGCAACUACAGAAGAGAAGCCAGACGAGGAUAAGAACCAGAUACAAAUCCACCCGUCACCUGUAACAGUCCAGGAAACCCCCAGGUAAGCAGCUAAACAGGAACUUCUGUUAAACAUCCCUCCUAGUAACAAGGUGGAGAUAGCACAAUGGAUUCUUGUACCAGUACUAUUAUAAUAACUUUUAAAUUAGUAUUACUAUUACGGUUUGUUUGUUUAUACUAGUAAUUGGUUUUUUGGGGGGGUUUUGUAAUAGAGGCCUUGAUUUAAUACUGUUCGAUAAGCUUUUAAAAUGAUUUAAUAUUAUGAAUUUAUUUUUUAAUUUUUUUGAUAUUUUGUGAUAUAUUAAUAUAUAUAUAAUUUCUGUACAUAUUUUUGAUCUGAUCAUACUUUUUAAAAAUCAUCUGAAAAGCUUAUCCAAAAAUAUGAAAUCGAGGCCAACAUUUGUACUGGUUUCUGCCUUUGUUUGCAGCACGCAGGUUCUGGAACGCAAGGAGAUGCAGGAAAAAGAAAAGAAAGUCCGUCAUAGGAUGCAGGCUCAGCUGGAAGGUUUGAAACCACUCAACUCAGUGAACCGCCGGCAGCCAAUGGCCAAGGGAACCCCUGUAUUGUUUCACCCGGUGAGAGGAGAUCUAUUGGUCAUAGCGUAAAGAACUGAUCCUAGAUCAGAACUCCAUUGCAAUGAAAUGAAGAUCUCCUUAUUGUGACCUCAUGCCAAGCAGCGGUUCAGUCCAAUCAGAAUCUUCGUCAAGUCCCAAAAAGUUGCCUGGUGUGAGGUUUCAAUAACCGGAUCUUUCUUCACUAAGAGGUCUCUUGAUCAUUUAGGGCACAUGUGAUCAUAUAUAUCAACAUUAUUAUUUAUGGCUUGAUCAUGCGUGUGCUUUUUUUGGUGAAUGGAUUCACUAAUGGUAAUAAAGGUUUGGAAUCCACAAAAAAAUGUCAAAGUGGGGAGAUCACUAUUAUCUCCCCCUUUGUGAAUCAGAGCAAUCACAGGUUAAGGAGUUGUGGGUAAUGGUGGUCCUUGAAUAUAUAUUUUAUGACUUGGUAAAGGCUGCUCUUUUCUCAUCUUGAAGGAAGCUUCGUUUAGCCCGGAUAUUGGACCUUUACCGUCGGCAUCAUGCAGUAAUAUAGAGCUGAUUCUCCUCACUGUCUGGUUAUCGAGUUGCGGACAGAUCAUCCUCCCGGGACAGCAUGGCAGUCGAUCGCCAGACUCCUCUCUCUCUUCCAGCAAUGGCUACAAUGCUUUGCUCACCUGGCUCCUCUCCCUGGUGAGACUAUCUGCAUGCACCCCACACACUCUCGUGUCUUCCCUUAGAUACCCAAUUCCAGCUGCUUCCAUUUUAUGUGUUUUUGUUAUUGUUCCUGCAGGUGCCAGCCUUAAAUCCUCAGAGCAGUGCCCCAUUUCAGGUGCUGGGUUUGCAGCAGGAGUGGCGGGAGGAAGGGCUGGCGCUGUUUGCCUGCUUGUCACCGGGGAUUGUGCCAUUGCAAAACAGCCCCAAGAUCCGAAAGCCCAAGGUAAGUCCAUGACUUUUCUUCUCCCUUAACACGUACGAUGUGACUUCAUGGGCAAAGUGGGAUAAAAUAGAUGUCAGUCUCUCUCUACUGGAAGUGUAGUGCUGAUAAUGUAUUACUGUACACACUCGGCAGCUUGUGGUUGUGUGGAAAAACAGAAAUCUGGGGAUAGUGAUUAAUCACUAUGUCUGUCACUGCAAUGGGUAUGAACCGGGAUGUGCUUAAAGGACCACUAUAUUGUCAGGAAAACAUACUCGUUUUCCUGGCACUAUAGUGCCCUGAGGGUGCCCCCACCCUCAGGGUCCCCCUCCCGCCUGGCUCUGGGGAGAGGAAGGGGUUAAACGUACCUCUUUCUCCAGCGCCAGGCGGGGAGCUCUCCUCCUCCUCUCAGUCCCCUCUCCUCCCCUUCGGCUGAAUGCGCAUGCACGGCAGGAGCUGCGCGCGCAUUCAGCCAGUCUCAUAGAAAAGCAUUCAUAAUGCUUUCCUAUGUACGCUGGCGUCUUCUCACUGUGAUUUUCACAGUGAGAAGCACGCAAACGCCUCUAGCGGCUGUCAAUGAGACAGCCACUAGAGGAUUUGGAGGCUGGAUUAACCUAUUUAUAAACAUAGCAGUUUCUCUGAAACUGCUAUGUUUAUAAAAAAAGGGUUAACCCUAGCUGGACCAGGCACCCAUGCCACUUCAUUAAGCUGAAGUGGUCUGGGUGCCUAUAGUGGUCCUUUAAGGCAAAUAUGUAUGAGAUUUGAGAGUUCCACGUGAGCUAGUGGGGAUACUGACAAAAUUAAUGGCAAUUGGGCUGGACUCCCCUGAUAUUUACUGAAACAAGUAUCGCGUAUUAUAUUCCAGCACAGUGGGAGUGUUUGCAUUGUUUAGGUACUGCUAGUGCUUUGAGUUACUCAAGUAUGGUAUGAUCUCUUAUCUAACAUGCUUCCGCACAGGGUAAAGAAGGCUUACGAGGCACUUCCAGUUUCUACCAGCAGGCAUCGCUGUUCUUGAGGCAAAAUACCUUGCAAAGUGUCGCAUGGUGGACCAAUGAGGUGACACAUCGCUUGCACGGGCAACUUUUCCCAUUGCCACUUGAAGUCCCACCUGUCAAACUAAGCAACAUUGCAACCUUGAAUCCUGCCACAGAGGUAAAGAUCACCAACUAACAGUGUGAUGACUUAGAAACAUAGAAUGUGACGGCAGAUAAGAACCAUUCGGCCCAUCUAGUCUGCCCAAUUUUCUAAAUACUUUUAUUAGUCCCUGGCCUUAUCUUUUUUUUUUUUUUGGCAAUCUUCGUUUUUAUUGAAGCACAGUUUGUAUACAGACAGAGAAUAAACAAGUAUAAAGCUUACAGAUUUCUAGCAUGUUAUCGCACAUGCGGUAAUGCUCCCUCCCUGUUACCCGCCUGUAUUUCCCUACCCAGCCUCUGUGAGUAACUGAACAACCGAGCGCAACUGCGCAAACUGAACUUUAGAACAUGUUCCGUAUGUCUCUAUGGGGGAAGAUGGGGUAAGGGAAUCAUGUUUUCCUCUUUAUUUUCCUCCCUUUCAUUUUUCCCCUUUUCCUCUUUGGGGGGGACUAAUCUCUUCUCCCGCUUUCGUCCCGCUCGAGUAUUUGGCUUGAAAUAAUGACUCUACGUUAACAAGUCAGUGACCAAUAUCUGUCUGGGGUGUGUCGGUGUAAGGUCAGUCAUACGUGGUGUGGGAGAGGAGAAGUGGAGGAGAGAGAGGAGAGAAAAAAAAAAGGGGGGGGGUAGGUGAGGAAGGGAAGGGGGAUGUCGGCCAAGGCGGGGGGAAGGGAAGGGGUGAGUCCGCCGCCCCCCCCCACACCCCACGUCCCAACCCCGUGCGCACCGGCGCUCACCCCGCUAUUCGCCCCCCGCUCCGGCCGUCCUGCAGGCCUACGAGCCAUGUACUCGAUCCAGGGAGCCCAGAGGCGGGUACAUUUCUCCCCUGUACCUCUCAGUUCCUCCGUGAGGCUCUCCAUGCUGUAUAUUUACUCUACCUUCUCCAUCCAGUUCGCAACCGUUGGGACGGUAGUUGACUUCCAGCGAGCCGGGAUCAAGCUCUUGGCGGCAUUCAAGAAGUGUCUCGUCAGCGAUCUCUUGUAGGCCCCCAGGGGCAUCGUAGUGUGGUGAAGGAGCAUCGGUAGAGGCUGCAUCGGGAUGUCUGAGUCCAGUAGCUCUCGUAGUUUCGUGUGUAUUUGUUGCCAGAAGGGUACAAUGAGAGGGCAGAACCACCAAAUGUGCAGGUCCGUGCCGUCUUCGGACUCACAUCUCCAACAUCUGGCCGUUGGCGACAGGCCCAUGCGAAAGAGUUGGGAGGGCGUCCGAUACCAACCAGUCAUGAGCUUAUAGUUCAUCUCUUGCAGUUUCGCACUAGUCGUACCUUGGUGCUUGAGGGUGUGUAUCUUCUCCCAGUCUGAGUCCGCGAGAGUGACACCCGUGGCUCGUUCCCAGUUAGAUUGGUAUGGUGCCGGGGGGCACCGAGCUGCAGUCAGCAGCAUGGAGGACAGUGUGGAAACCCCCUUAGGUAUGCGCCUCCCCUCCGUGCAAAUGGAUUCGAAGCUGGUCAGCUCCCUAUGUACCAACUGCUUGCCCGGUAGAGAUUGGUAAAAAUGCCGAACUUGUUGGUAUCUGAAUCGAGUCAGCCCAGUUAAGGGUAUCAGGGGGGCCAAGGCUUCCAGGGGUUUUAACUGUCCCUCCGCGCACCAGUCCCCUAAGUAUGGUUUGUCCGGGCUUCCUAUGCCAGUGAUGUCUCUCGGCGUCAGCCCUCCCGCAAUCUCGGGGUUGUAAAUCACCAGGACUAGCGGGGAUGGGCUAGUCGUUAGUUCCAACUUGUAGCGAAUAGUAGCCCACACUUGCAGCCUUGCCCCUAUGAGCGGGUGCCUCCGGAUGUCCCUCGUCUGUAUGGGCCGUAGUAGCCACGUGACCCAAGGUAUUCACUCUCCGACUUGUGCGUGUUCUAGGUGGACCCAUUGCUUAUCGGUCUCGGGUACGUGCCAGUCCACCACUCUGAGGAGGUGUGUCGCGUGAUAGUAGGUUUGGAGCGAACGGAGAGCCACUCCGCCUUGGCAUUUUGGGCAAAUCAGCUGGGCGUGUCGGAGUCUAGCUGCGCCCGCGGCCUACACAAAUUGUCUGAUGGCCGUGGUCAGGGAGCCGAAGAAGGCCCUGGGGAGGGUGAUGGGAAUUGUCUGAAACAAAUACAGGAGUCGCGGUAGGAGGUUCAUUUUGACCGCGUUUAUUCUCCCAAACCAGGACACACAAGUCGCGCCCCAUCUCUUCAUGUCCGUCCCAAGUGUCGCCAAUAGGGGCAGAAAGUUGUCGGGGAACAAUCUGGUCAAGUCCGUCGUCAGCCAGAUGCCGAGGUAUUUAAUGCGCUGUGAGCACCAUCUGAAGGGGAAAUUCACCCUCAGUUGGGACGUCAGGCCCGGGGGUAGACAAAGCGGCAUCGCCUCGGACUUGUCCGUGUUCAAUUUGAAGUUGGAGAGCGCCCCAUAGAUCCGGAAGGCCCGGAGUAGAUUUGGCAGUGUCACCAAUGGGUUUGCAAUAAAAAAUAGCAGGUCAUCUGCGUAUGCAGCCACCCUAUGCUCUCCACCUCCCACAGUGAACCCCGUUAUACCCCCGUCCCGUCUGACCGCCGCCAGAAAUGGUUCGAGCAUGAGGGCAAACAGGAGGGGGGACAGGGGGCAUCCCUGCCGCGUCCCAUUGGUAAUCGAAAAAACUGGGGACAUGGCGCCGUUUAUCUGCAGGCGGGCCCUCGGGGUUGCAUAUAAGGCAGCUAUCCAGGUCUGAAUGUUGGGGCCGAAGCCCAUUACCCGUAGGGUCUCCCUCAGGAACUGCCAGUCUACUCUAUCAAAAGCCCUCUGGGCAUCCGUGGAGAGCAGGAGGCCCCCGCCUGCAGUUCCCUUGGUGGCAUGUAUGAGGUUGAGGGCCUUGAUUGUAUUAUCCUUUGCCUCACGCCCCGGGAUGAACCCGGUCUGAUCUGGGUGAAUCAGGUCUGGAGCCACUACCCCCACUCUGCGGGCUAGAAUCUUCGUGAAUAGCUUGAGGUCCGCAUUGAGUAGAGAGAUAGGUCUGUAACCGGCACACGAUGUAGGGUCUUUCCCGUCUUUCGGCACCAUCGCCACUGUAGCCAUGAGGGUAUCCUCUGGGAACCUCCCACCCUCCAAAACGGAGUUGAGGCACUCCAGCAGCUCCGGCAGGAGAAUCUCCCCGAAGGUACGGAUGUAUCGCACGGGAAAGCCGUCCAGUGCCGGGGCUUUAUGCAUCUUCGCGGCUUUGAGGGCACCUGUGAGCUCUUCCAAGGUGAUGGGGGCAUCGAGGUUUUCGGCCUGAGCCUGCGUGAGCUUCCGGGUCACGUGCUGUUCUAGAUAUUCCCGAAUUUCGUCCAGGCGCUGUCGAGAAGCCCCCUCCCCAGAGUCCCUCGGCAGGUUGUAUAGUUUGGUGUAGAACUCCUGAAAUUCCGCCAUUAUGCCAUCCGGUCUGCGUACGGGGGGCGCAUUCGCCUUUUGCAGGAUGGUUAUUUGGGACAUUCGGCACUUAUUUUGUAGCAUUCUAGCGAGCAGGCGCCCACAUUUGUUGGAAUGUUCAUAAAAGAAUCUGCGGGACUUACGAAGCGUAUACGAGAGGUUCCUGGAGAGCAGGCUCUUCAGUUCUCUCCUCACCUCCAGUAAAGAGCCGUAAUUGUCCUCCGUCGGGUCUGACCUGUGCGUCUGGUCUAAGUGCGAAGCUCGGGCAUAUAGGUCUUUCAAUCUAGUGUUUUGUUCCUGUUUGCGUCGCGAGCAGAGCUUAAUGAAAUGACCCCGCAGAACGCAUUUGUGGGCCUCCCAUCUUAUCUGGGGCGAGGUGUCCCGGGCAUGGUUGUCCGCGAAGUAUUGAGAGAGAACCUCUCUCGUCUCCGCUUGAAGUAGGGAGUCCUCAAGGACUUGUUCAUUCAGCCUCCAUUGCCGACAGCUGGGUUUAAACAGAGGUGAGCGUAUCGUAGCCAGGACCGGGGCGUGGUCUGACCAGACCGCUGUUUGGAUGUCACAAGACUGGAGGAGGUGUAGAUAUUCCUGAGCGAUCAAGAUGUAGUCUAAGCGGCUGUGGCCGUGAUGCACUGGCGAAUAAAAUGAGAAGUCCCUGUCUUCCGGGUGAAGAACUCUCCAGGUAUCGGCCAAUCCCGUGCCUGGCCUUAUCUUAUAGUUAGGAUAGCCUUACGCCUAUCCCACGCAUGCUUAAACUCCUUCACUGUGUUAACCUCUACCACUUCAGCUGGAAGGUUAUUCCAUGCAUCCACUAACCUUUCAGUAAAGUAAUACUUCCGGAUAUUAUUUUUAAACCUUUGCCCCUCUAAUUUUAGUUUUUGUCCUCUUGUUGUGGUAGUUUUUCUUCUUUUUUUUUUUUUUAUUCUUUAUUUUAUUCGUGCAUAGAUUUAACAAGCAGUUUUGCACUGCCACGACAGCUGGUGCAAACAUAAAUGAAACAUGUGGUGACAGUAAUGUGGCAUAAGAAACAUUGCACAUUUUUUAUAUAAACAAACAGAAUUAUGCUUAAUAAGAGUUCGCCAUGCUUAAUGAGAUUUAGUUAUGCUUAGUAAGAUUUAACCGUGCUUAGUUAGAGCCAGUCAUACCUAGUCAGGGUCAACCAUGUUCAGUGAAGUUUUUCUUCUUUUAAAUAUAGUCUCCUCCUUUACUGUGUGGAUUCCCUUUAUGUAUUUAAAUGUUUCUAUCAUAUCCCCCCUGUCUCGUCUUUCCUCCAAGCUAUACAUGUUAAGAUCCUUUAACCUUUCCUGGUAAGUUUUAUCCCGCAAUCCAUGAACCAGUUUAGUGGCCCUUCUCUGAACCCUCUCUAAGGUAUCAAUAUCCUUCUGAAGAUACGGUCUCCAGUACUGUGUACAAUACUCCAAGUGAGGUCUCACCAGUGUUCUGUACAAUGGCAUGAGCACUUCCCUCUUUCUACUGCUAAUACCUCUCCCUAUACAACCAAGCAUUCUGCUGCUCUAUUACAUUGUCUGCCUACCUUUAAGUCAUCAGAAAUAAUCACCCCUAAAUCCCUUUCCUCAUAUGUUGAGGUUAGGACUCUAUCAAAUAUUAAAAUGUAUACACAUAGCUUUUUUUGAAAUUAUCAGUUAAUACUACAGUGCAAUUUUGGGUACAAUCAGGCACCAUAAUAACGACAGCUCGUCAUAACAGUUAUGAUGGUGUUGUUGCAAACCCCUUUCCCAGCUGUAAGUAGCCAUUUUUAAGUUAUUAGAGUUUUUACCUAAGGGUUUACUAGCAUGUUAGAUGUAAGAAUUUUCAGUUAUAAUUUUAGUGAGAAACAAGAUUUAGAAAUCACCUCAGCAAUGCUUUCCUAUGGACGCUUGCGUGCUAUCACUGUGAUUUUCACAGUGAGAAUCACGCAAGCGCCUCUAGCGGCUGUCAAUGAGACAGCCGCUAGAGGCUUUGGGGGAAGGAUUAACCCAUUUAUAAACAUAGCAGUUUCUCUGAAACUGCUAUGUUUAUAAAAAAAUGGGUUAACCCUAGCUGGACCUGGCACCCAGACCACUUCAUUAAGCUGAAGUGGUCUGGGUGCCUAGAGUGGUCCUUUAAGUCUCCAUUCGCCAUUACAGUAAACUGUAACUCUUCUCUCGAAAUACUUCCAGUUGGUAUCCUCUGAGAGUAAUCCACUAAUAGUAAAUAGAAUAUCCCUUUUCCACUCUUGCGAGAACUAAUAUAUAACAUUAUCCCCUUGUCCAGGUAAAUAUAUGUCUAGUACUACUAAGAUACUCUACCCGAUAUUACAAUUAAUACAAGUAAAUAGCCACUUUUUAAGCCUAUUAUUAAGUACAUAACUCUCUCUCUCUCUAAAUAUAUAUAUAUAUAUAUAAAAGAAUAUUCAGCUUUGCACUCCUACUAAUAAAAUAUUAAUAGUUGGUGCUCAGAAAAACAAAUUAUAAUCAGAAAGAAAAUGCCAGCACCAGGUGUUGUCCUGAUGAAAGUCUGCAUGGUGGACUGAAACGUUGGCAUGCUUGGAUAAUUCUUAAAUUAAGAAAAACUUCUGGAAAAAGAGUGCUGGCGUUGUUGUUCUGAUUUUUAUAUAUAUAUAUAUGUAUAUGUACUUAUCCAAGGUGCAAACCAUUGUCCAUCCUGUCAUCGUAUUUAUUUACGAACUCUCCCAGGAAUGCAGUCAGAGCCUAUCUCCCAGGACCCAGGAGUCAUGCAGGGGUCCAAGAACCAUGAAUUUGCUUGGCCUUGGCUGUAUCAUUCUUCUCUAGCCAAAGGGACAUGUAGCUGUGAUUUCCUUAAACAGAGACCAAUUUGAAGAUAUGCAUUGCUAUCUAUCCCUCAUCUCCCUUACAAACACACACAGAUUUGGAUCCUGACCCAUGAGGUAGGAACCUCUGACAAUGAACCUUGCACCAAUUCAUAUCACAUGCACCUUGUUGGUGUCCAUCUGUUGGAAUCCAUCAAUCUGAUUUCCAGUCACAUUCAGUCAUAGUAUUCUGCAACUUGGACAUAUUGUUCCUCUAGUCUAGGCUGUCAGUGCUUGUCAGAGGGUCAUCAUAUCUCUUCCUAAAUUUAUCCGUGUGCAUGACCAGCAGGUAAACGUAACAACAAUAACUAGCAAAUGUUUGUUUCCAGGCCGUGGAAAAAGCUUUCUUAUCCUCGUCUGGUUUCUACUGGCAGACUGUGGAGACUGAUGAGAAGCUCAGUCCUCAAGGCCUUGAGAUAGAUGGAGAUAUUGAGACCGAGGUGAGGAACAUCUAAAAUUCUUGUACUGAUGAAUGUUCUGCUCGAUAAACAUCCCAUAAAAUGAUCUCUUUCCUCCAUAGGUGGUGUCUGUUACCUUGUUUGACUCACUGCUGAGAGAUCCCGCCGCGUUUCACCAUAUUCUGCACCUCGUACUCAUGAAGGGGCUUGAUGUGUGUGCUCUCAGGUUACUGUAUCCGGAGCGCACUCUUCUUCACUCUUAUAUAGGUAGAAUUACUUCUUACAGUGUAAAUGGCACAGAAAGGUGUCAGCUAUUAGAUGUUUGCAUUACCCUGGGCCUAGCACAAUGAGAUUAUAAAUCACUGGUUAGCAGGUCAUUUAUCGUUCACCCUAAUAGUUCAGGAUUUAAGGAUUAAUAAAACUAGAGCUGAGAGUGAUGGUAGGACUGGUUUAGUAUCCGCUUCUAUUGAAAACAAAUCAAUGUUAUUAUUUUUCUUGCCUGGAAGUCUUAAUCCAACCUGUUAGUUUCCAUGUAUUAUCCUGAUCCCUGGGGAGCUGCUUUCAUCCUCGAGCUCUCUGUUACCAGUAAAACAUUUAGGAAGUGACACAAACAUACAUGACAACCAUCACUUCCUAGGAUAAUUAAUAUCAUAUUGAUAUAUCCACAUCAUGAUUCCAUGCCACUCAUUUUUCUAAGCUUUGGUUAUGGUGAAUCAUGCACCAUAACCACUGCAGUGCUCUAUAGUGGUUGUGGUGCUAGGAGGUUCCCUCUCCAGUGCUAGCAUGGUUUGACACUUAACAGGAUCCCCUGGAUACCCACACUGCGGCCACAUCUUCAGAUGGAAUAGUUCACAGGUCUGCAUUCAAUAUUUCGAUGAGAUAUAUCUUUUCUUUUUUAAAAUAGUUUUAGAAAUAUCUGUGAAGAGGGAUCAGACAAAAUUGUUGUUAACUCUUACCUGGUGUACGGUGUCAGGAGACACCUGGCGCUAUUUAAUGGUUAUGUUGCUUUGACUAUAGGUGAAUUCCAUGUUUUUCUCAAUAAUGCUAUUUUUAGAGAAGUGUCGAUUCUCCUUUAAGCCACCUCUACAACCACUUUUUUAAUAAUGUGCUAUAUCCUGUUUCAUCCUGCUUUGUUAGCUACUCUUAGAUUAUUCCCACAUUAGUGCAUUUAGAAUUCACUGGUCACACAUAGGGAUUUAUUCCUGUGAAAUACAACUGAUUGGUCCUUAUAUUAUUCUGUCCACCAAAAGUAAGUCUCCAAAUACUCCGCUCUAAUAAACCUGCCUAUAACAAGUAGGAUUUAUUUUUUUAAUAGAUGUGUCUAUUUAUUUAUUUUGUUUCUCUCAUAGAUACAAUUCCUCCAUCCUACAUUAGGGAAGGUGGUCAAGCGCCACCGGUUUUGGCUUUAGCGCUGCGGGGACACCAAGCAGGAAAGGCCUGGAAUGAUCUGUCAGGCUCAUGUGACUCCGAACUUGCCAGACGAGUGGAUCCAUGUUCCAUACAUGCACUUUACGGCUUCAGGAAAGAGGAACCCAUUCUUGAUGCCGUGCGCAGUUCUAAUCGCCUGUUGCGGGAUCUCUGUUUUUGGUUUGGGGGAAGAAUAACCAGUUUUGAUAAUGUAAAAAUCGGCAUCCAGAAUUCAGUUGGAAAGCACACAGACUCAUGCCGGCCUCCCACUUUCCUUACUGCCACUAUUAUGGGUAAGUUAGGGCUUUGUGUGGGACCACAAUGGUUCUGGUUUUGUACUUGUCUAUUUUGUCUGCGCAGCUGUGCAUGCUGGAAUUUUGAAAAAGCCCAAACAUGACAUUAUAUUAUGGUGGCAAAGGCAUCCCUUUUGGCUUACAAACUCAGGGAAAAUUCCCCAAGUUGGCUGCUUGCUACUGCUAUAGCUAUACGUUCAUGACGAUCCACGCUGCAUUGCACACGUGACGCCAACAGCCAAUCAGAGUCUGUGAUUUGUAGAGUACAUCUUUGAUGUAGCUAUGUGACCAAAAUGUGCAACAUGUUAGCUGGAAAUUGUUUUGUUUUUGGUUUAAUAAACUGCUUAUUAGUUUGACUAAUGCUAAACUUGAUGCAUGGAAAAUAUGUGACUGUUAUAUAAGAGGAAGUACCCUCUCGGAGCUGUGUAAACCAUUUAAGAGAUAUUUAGUGCGGAGCAGUGGUCACCCAAAGCAGUGCAUUCAUAUUGCAGUGACAUCAGCUUCUUAUUAAACGAGCAAUGCAAUGUUUAGAAGUUGUAUUAGUCCGUGCACUAACAUCGUGGUUUCUAAGUAUUGAAUACCCCAUGUGCACUUAGUCAUGAUAAUUUCAAUGAUCUCAAUAAUUCCUCUCUUGCCUUCCAGGGGACGUGUUCCUGGUGGCAUCACCAGCGGUUCCACCAUUGGCUUACGGAGACAUUAUAGACAUUUGCCAUCAGCGAGGAUUUACUCUGCAAGGUGUGCGACGCCUCCGUCUGACCGCGAAGCGUGCAGCAAUGUUGAGCAUGUCACCUAACCAGGUACUGUAUACAGUAGAUAAGCAAACUAAAGCCUCGAUUUAAGAUUUUUGUAUAAACAUUACAAAUGAUUUAAUAGUUUUAGAUUGAAACUUAUGGUCUGUAGUAGGAAUGGUUAAGCGUGACAUAUCCCUGUCUGCACACAAAUAAAAAACAAACAAAAGAGAACUAUAAUAUAUGAAGUGUUGAUCUAGUAACGUUUAUUGUGAAACGCGUAGACUAUAUUUGUCUGGAGAUUAAAUCUGCUAAUACCUGGCACGUUGUGGAUGCAGGGCAAUUUUAAAAGUCCACGAGGGGUGAAUAAAGCUUUAGUUUUAUUUUAAUCAAGCGACCGGGGGUUCCAUUUUUCUCAUUAUAUGCAUAUAUUGAGAAUAUUGUGAGAAUAUUGUGAAUAUAUUACCCCAAGGUUGUCCUAAAGAAGGCUGGCGUUGGGAUAUUCUGUCCUUCUGAAGGCAGCUUAGUGCAGAUAUUUAACUUUUCUAGUUGGCAUCUGCUCAGCUUUUUGCUAGUUUAAAAUACAAACAAAAAUAAGAGGACAACAACAACCACACCCGACACGUACACGAAAAACUCGCUUUUAAAGCAUAUGCUCUAAACAACCGGAUUGUCAUGAAAAGUGGAUCCAGCGUACGUUUUAGUGACUGCGAGAAACACACAGAUUAUUCUCUUUCCUGUAUCGUAUAUAUUAUACCCACUGCCGGGCAUAAUAAAACACAGUUUGUCACUACAAACCAAGCACUUAUAAUAUUACGGUUUGAUUUUCUUUUAUGACUAUAUUACUCACUUUUAUAAUUGUAGGAUUUUUGUUUUGUUUUGCUGUUUCUCAUCGUCUUGUCUUGUUCUGGUUGUAUUAUGUUAAGAGGAUUCUAAACUUUUUUUUUUUUUUUGGUCCAUCUUUGUUUCAUUGAAGCAACUUAAAUGAAAGGAAUAAAAAUAGACAUAUACCAGCAAAAAUGCACACAUAUACAGUAAGCAGUAACAUGAAUACAUUCUCUCGUUUGAUGUGUUUGUAGCGUAAUCAUGCUAAAAGUCAGGCUAGUCAGAGAAGAGGUAAACAAUAGGCAUGCCAGCAGGAUGGCAAUAGACAGCAAUGAAUAAGACAGGUGGCACUAACUGACAAUGCCUUGCAUUAUUGUAAACGGUUGUGGCUUAUAGGUAGGUAAAGCAGUCUUGCUGAAGAGCUAUCAAAAGGAUAAACGUGGUGUAACUGUGACUGCCUUAUAAGAUACUAGAACAGGCUUAUAGGUAAGUAAGGCAGUCAUGUUGGAGAGAUAUCGUGCUAUAGCGUUAAACAUGCCCAUCAAGACAUUAAGCAGUGACUUGUAGUUGAUAAGCUAAAUAGGAGAUAAAUAAAAAGAUAAAAAGAAGAUUAAGCAACAAGGGGGAAACAAUGCUGUGUGAACCACUGGAGACUCUUAAGGGAAUCCACACCACCCCCUGGGCUCAGCUCCACCAGACCGCCGGUUAUUGCAAGUAUGCAAGCCUGCUACUUCCUUUGGACCUGGUCAAUUCCCGCCUCCAGCCGAAGUGUUGUUCUAGCCGAGUCCCGCCAGGCCCAGGCCCUACUUGAGCCUACAACCCUUGCCCUCAGUUCCUGCUCCGGUAGAGGUCAGCAACGUGGGCCUGGCAAAGUGUAGGGAGUAGGGCCGUGGUUCGAGGAUUGUCCUCUAAGGGCUCAUAGUUCAGGAAGGUAGUUGUGGGAACCAGGUGAGCUCAUGGGACAUGUGGGAGCCAAGGUUAUGUUGUGAAUUGCUGGUUUGGCCGGCUUCCAGGGGUGGGGGCCAUGGUCGGCAUUCGCCUUAGCCCGCGGCUCCUCUUGCCAGUCGCCUUCUAUGCUGUACCUAGGAUGGGCGGCAAGGCCGCCAGUUUGCGUUUCAGGAGUGGGAAGCCAACUGCUGGGCAAUCUUGGUGGGGUCGUUCAGCGUGAUGUCAGCACCCUGGGAACUGGCAUAGCCCCUGCCGGUCCAAAGGUGGGGGGGGGUGAAUGGGGCCAGGAAGGCAUCAGGUGACUUGCUGUUGUCCGUUAGUCGGGCGGAAAGCAAACAGCAGCCGUCCGCCUCACUCCCCUCUCUGGUAGGCCUCAGUCAUCAAGUCUCAGAGUUGCUCCCGGGACCCAGAGACACCCGCUAUCAGGCGCUCCAGCUGCACGGGGACACUCCAGGACCAUGUACCUUAAGUCUCUGGGGUAUUGCAAGCAGGGUAAAGUAGGUUUGUGGCAGAAAAUAGCUUGAUUCCCCGGGAGCCAUAGUGACUUGCAGCCUGCUAGCAUGACCACCAGGCACCUCCCCCCGAGGAUUAUAAACUAAACAGUAAUAUGUGGUAAACUGGAAGCCAAGUGGCAACAUUUGAAGGUCCAUAUUGCCAAGCUAGAAAAAUUCUUUAUCAUAGCUAACUUUCCCACUGCACUAGUUUGUCCUACGUUUCCAAUUUGGUUAACUUCCCAAACUAUACUAUUUAGUGAAUAAAUCACCAGUUUAUUAUGAAAACCCUAAACUGUUUGAGCUACCUCACCUUCAUGCUUUGCUAGACUUAAGACAGCUCUACAGCAGCUAAUGGUCUGUUUAUGUCCUCCAUCCUCCAUCCUCCAUGCUAUAGAUCAGAGCUUCCCAAAAAGGUAGAAGCAUUGCUCUUGCAGAACUACAACUAUAAGUAAAUUCUGCAAGAGCAUCAUGGGAUUUGUAGUUCGGCAAGAGUUGAGGGUCUCAAUUUGGGGCACCCUUGCUAUAAAAAUGUAAGGGAGAGACACAUUCUCAAGGUUACAAGAAAGAAAGUACUUGGUGUCUUUUCAUAGUCUCUAAGGCUUGUUCACUAAAUAUUUAACAGUAGCAAAUUAAAAGCCAGUUAUCCAAAUUCAGGCUAAAAUAGCCGAGCUCAGAGUAAUUGGAGACGUUUUCCAAAUCAGCUGUUAUGGCCUACAUUUCCAAAGGCAGUUUUAAUUCACUACCAAUCACUGUUUAGUGAGUAAACCCUCCUGUCUCAGACCCUAUUUAUCGAUAUGUCUUUUCAUAGUUUUGGGUGUAAUCUGUUACAAUGCAUAGUAAUCUUUCAGUUGAGCUUUUUGUUGGAAUCCUUUCUGAAGUAGGUCAUGUGGUUGCAGGUGCCUGUAUAUUGCCCAGGUAGUCCUUCUACACAGCCAGUAACACAGCCUUACCCUCGCUUACACUGUCUGCUGCUUUUACUAAGGAAAGAGAAUGCCGGUCACCAAGUGCCAGGACUUAUCCAAGGUAAAAACCUUUUUUCAUUAAACGCUGUUUGUUUUUUUGUUUCACUUUUUUAUUUAUACUUAGUUUUGGUUUUGCAAUAGAUGGUAUUUCUCAACUGAAUGCGACUCAUGAUCGAACUCAGAAAGAUGAACGGCUGUGUUAGUCUUGCCGACAAUUCAUGUAGUUUCCUAGCACCAUAACCGUCACAAUAACUUGUAGUGGUUAUAGUGCUUGAAGCAUCCCUUUAAGGUGGGUAGGUGAAUAUAUAAAGUGACUGUGUGAGGUUCCUACAUUAGAAAGAGCUGACUAGUAGUAAGAUUUUCUUUAUAUCUGUGACGGACCGCUGGCACUCCGACUGAGUACCUCCGCCAAUCGAUGCUCCUAGCGCUUGUCGAGGACUCCAAGCAUUCCAACCGACACCAUCAGCAGUGCGGACCCUACUUCCAGAGAUGCAGCUGCGCCGGGGUCUCGCCUUCUCUCACCCACCCUGGAUCCACGACCAGGAUCCAGCUCCCAGUGGGUGAACCUCUCCUAAAUCCAGAGAGCGUAGCAGGAACAAAUCAAGCUCUUACAAGAGCUUACUCUGGGGGGUAAGUGAUUAUAGCAAUCCCCAGAGUGUAGGUAUCCCUUCCCCCAAGCAUGAGCCAAGGCUUCAAGAAAGGUGCAAGUAGGUCUGGUUUAUUGAGGGCUACCUGCCCGGUAUUUAUGCAAGUGUCCACCAGAUGGACACUCCCCUAGGGGACCUGAUGGAAUAAUGGGACACAUAUUGGAUAUUACCCAAUCACAGACAAUACAAACAAAACACUCCCACAGUGACAUCACAAUCCCUCCUCUCUAUCCUGGAGAUAAUUGGGAAAUAAUCAAAUUAUCUCCCAGGACAGAGGCAAGACUCCAUUAACCACAUGGUUACAAAAAGACAUAAAAUUACACAAUGGUACAAUUACUACAUAAAACAUAUACAUGCAACAUAUCCCCAGAUAACUUAGAUCUGAGCGCACAUUAUUACCGAAUGGCGCUCAGAUCACCUACAUACAGUUCAAUCGCCAUGGAGCCAAAGUCUUUUCUAUAGUCUUUUGUUACACGAAUAGACUCCAUGGCAAAGCUAUCUGGGGUAGCACUACUCACAUACGGAAAGUCCCGAACGCCCCGGCAGAAAUACACAAACAAACCUUUCUGCAGGGGAAAAUACAGCUAUCAGCACAGGGGCCAUAGUCAGAAGGCAAGAGGCUAGCCAGUAGUCCCCUCCAGGCACAAGUGGCGAAGGGCACUUCGUCACAAUAUCCCUUCAGUUAUUUCUUUAAAUGCACAGAGACCAAAUCAGCAAUAUUCCUAACAGUUUCUAUUGUACUGAUAUAUUCAGUAAUGAGAUCAUUUUACAGGCUGCUAGCCUGUGUUAUCAUAUCUAUUGAAAUGAUCCUUACUGCUUUCAUUGUGGGAGUCAUUUCUUUAUACAUCAACAGGAUAUUCUAUUAACCCUGUUACAAUUAAUUUUACCCAAAACCUUCAAUGAGCACCUGAAAUUGCAACGUUAUUCAACGUCUAUAAAGCAAGUCUUUAUUUUUUAUCAUUUUCCGUAUCACUGCCACAAUUUUCUCCCUUCAACUAUUGUUGGGACCUGAAAUCUAAUUGGAAGCUUAAAUUAGUAACUGAGAAUGUAGUCUGUUGGUAUGCGGUGCUAAAAUAUGCCGAAUCCCAAAGGAAAGGUUAGCUACCUUAGACUGGCAAAGCAUCAUGGGGGCUGUAGUUCUAGAACUGCUGGUGGUCUAUCUAUUGGCCACCUUUGGUCUAUGUUUUUACCAUCUCAUGUAAAUUGUCAUUUAAAGUCACAGCAUGUACUCGGCUAUUUAAACUAGGAACUAUAUGACCGAAUUUGUCUCUUUAACAGAGCCUUCUCCUAUCAACACUGAACUUCCUGUCCAUUUACUUACAUAGGCCUCAAUUUAAUACAUUUUCCAAUAAUGUUAGAAAAACUUCCAAGUGAUUGGAUGAACUCACUCCCAGUGGAGCUAAAUACAGCUGUAGGGGUUUUCUCCAUUCAUUUAUUUUUCACACCUCAGAAACACGUAAAUGCUAAAUACAAGGGAUAUGUAACAUGAUAGGAAAAAAUCCUGGAAAGUGAGAUGUGCCCUUUAAAUGGCUUAUUACUGUCACCGUUCUCACUAAUCACUCUCUUUUUCACUAGGACUGAUGAAUGGACUGGCCGAGCAAGGUCUCCUGGGAUUAAUCCGAGAUAAUUUCACUUAUCCAGCUGAACUUGAUCCCAACCUUUGCUUUCACGCUGCACCUUAUUUCGACAGCCUGCUGCAGACCUUGGGUAACGUAUUCUGUUUUAUUCUAAAGCCUAGUGUAAUUUUCAGUGAAUUCCUGACAAGUCACGGUUUAGUAAAUUAACCUACAAAUGGCAGGUUUUCUAAGUUAAUUGGGUGAGGCCUAUAUAAAACACUCGUACCUGGAGAGAAUAUUUGGGCAAGAUAUGUGUGUUUCGUAACAGGUGGGGUUUGUGUGGGGAAUGAAGGAGACUUGGCAGGGUAACUGCAAAUAAUAGACCAAAAUUGCAUAACUGGCCAUUUCCCUGGAACAGGUGGCAGUCUUCAUGCCGUACCGGAACCUAGCUACGUCACGAUGGGCAUGUCAUCUGCUCAGCCUUAUCCCUCUGAUCCGGAAAAUGAACAAGUUGUUCUCCUUGCGAUGAGUGGAACACAGAUCUUAAAGAGAGCAGGCCACCUACUGCGCCAGAUCCUGCGACCAUGUCUUAAAAUGCAGAAAUCAAUCCCAGGUAGGUAACACCUGUAAGAACAAUCGUGUUGGUAAUAUAGGCUGGUAUUGUCUGGAAUAAUCUGUCAACAAAGUGAUUCCAUCUAAGCUGAGCAGCAGUGGUAGGCUGAGAGCACGGGGGGGGGGGGAGGCGGAAUUCUCUAGCACCAUUUUGUAUUCAGUGAUUAUGUCGUGGGUAGUUUAAAAAGAACCUUGCAGGUAAGUGGAUUUCUGACAGUUCUAAGUAUUUUUCUGAUGUGGAAUGGUUUUCAUUUUUAAAGAGAAACCAUCACCUCUCUGGAAAUGACAUCAUCGAAUAAAACAUUAAAAAUUGUUGAUUAACAAUUAAUGAUUAACAAAUGACAUCAUAAUCCAUCUCCUGGCACAGCCAAGGCACACUAUGCAAAUGAAGAGGAGAAAUAGAAACAAUGUUUCAGUUCUUUUUUUUUUUCUUUGUAUGCUUUCUCUAUACUAACUGCCAGGUGCAAAGGACAGAGCUUAUAACAAUGACUGACAGGGAGCUAAGAUGGAGGCAUCCGGAUGCAGGUUAAAGAGAUGUGGAUUUCCAUUUAAUUUUAUUUUUCACACCUCACACAAACAGGUUUGGAAUAGGACAUAAAUUUAGAGAUGUAUCUACCUGAAAGCAUGGAUUAGCCUUUACCAUGAUAACUACCAAAGCAGGUUUGUGCAUCCACUCGUGCUUCCUAACCCUCCUUAUGCGUUUGGUGAAUCAAUCAUCAUCAUUACUAUUAUUGCAGCAACAUAUUCUGUAUCGCUGUACAACAAGACAAGUCAGAUGUACAGAAGCUUGUGAAAGAAGCUUACAAUCUAAGGGUAGUGUAUAACUAUACAAAUGGUACAAUGUAUUCCAUACAAAGUAAAACAUGGUUGCAAAAAGAGUUAACAAUAAAAUGAGAUCUUGAUUGUUACGUGAUGCAGCUGCCGCAGAGGAAGUGAGUUUGAGGCCGGAUAUGCCUUCUUGAUUUAGGUAUGAAGUGAUGUAGUGAUGUUUUUGAAGGAAUGGAGUCUCUAGGGAUUGUAAUGGAGUGCGGAAGGGCAUUCUGUAUGUACGCUGCAGCCCUAGAGAGGUCUUGUAGCUGGGAGUCGGAGGUGUGGGUAUUUUUAUUUGUGACGAUACAUAGAAACAUAGAAUGUGACGGCAGAUAAGAAGCAUUCGGCCCAUCUAGUCUGCCCAAUUUUCUAAAUACUUUCAUUAGUCCCUGGCCUUAUCUUAUAGUUAGGAUAGCCUUAUGCCUAUCCCACGCAUGCUUAAACUCCUUUACUGUGUUAACCUCUACCACUUCAGCUGGAAGGCUAUUCCAUGCAUCCACUACCCUCUCAGUAAAGUAAUACUUCCUGAUAUUAUUUUUAAACCUUUGCCCCUCUAAUUACGUAGAUACAUAGAUAGUGCAGUGUUAUGAAGUGAUGUAUAAGUGAGGACUAGAAUUUGAAUGUGAACCCUAACUCUUAUGGGAAACCAUUGUAAGGAAUGGCAGAGAGGAGGCGUAACAGGGCAUGAUGGGAAUAUGUAAGACCAAUGGCCAAUGCAGGGGAGUACACCACCAAAGAGCUGUUUGGCUAAAUACCAUGGAAAAAGCAGUCCACAACAGCUACAGUGCCAAAAUAUAGCAAGCCGCAGCAUACAACUAGCCUUUGUAGUUUUAAUGGUUUUUUUCCCCCAAAAAAUUUAUGGACUUGCAGUUCCUAAACAGAUCACUGGGUGGCAGCAUACACUAUAAUUUUAGAAUCCCUUAAUUGACAUAAUCUUUUUUUUUUUGUCCUUGUGUAUCAGUGUCAGCAUGUUAGAAAGUGACAAAGUUACAUUAUCCCUUUUUCUUCUAAUUUGCUGGUGAGACUGACAGAAUUUUAAGAAUAUUAAGCAUUGCAAUAAAAUGCCAAAGGAUUCCGUAAAAAUACACAGGCUUACACAGUUCUAACUUGUAGUUGGGCUCUAUUUUUUUAUAUAGAAUUUUAAUUAUAGAGGGUUGAAGAAUAAUCUAAAAUGUUUUUUGUUAUUUUAGCAAUAUCCUUAAUAUAUGGCUAAUUAUACAUUAAAAAGAUCAUCGUUUCACUCGCUUUAAGAAUACCAUCUCCAUAAAGUGGAGAAAAGAAGGGGAGGGAGGGGGUGCUACGCAUUUUAAGACAACCUUUCCACUUUAGAUUAUCAGGCAAAGAAACACAUGCAGUUACACAGCCCUUUUAUUUAUUACACAAUGAAACAUUAAACUUUUGAUAUCUUAGUAAGGGGGAAACACAGACACAACAUAUAGAAAGAAAUUAGAAAUCAUUUUGGAAAAUAAAGUCAUGAUUUCAGUAUGUUUUGUAAGCUGCUCAAUUCAAGUGACAAACACUUGGAUGCAGAGAUAUGAUUUAUUAUGUAUUAUUUACAUUGUGAUAAUAAAUGAUGUGGCAUUACAUACAGUCAGUAAUGAGUAUCGAGGUACAGUGGCAGGUAGUGAAUUUUUUAUUUUUUUAGUAAAUUCAGAAGAUUUGCAAUCUCAGACUUUGAAGGUUAACAUUAGAACUCCUUAACCUGGUUUAGCAUUGUGGGAAUUGUAGUCCACAGACAUCUGGCUUACCAGUGUUAGACAUGACUGAUCUAAACACUCCCGAUGCAAGAGGCAGGUAAGUGGUAAUACAUUAUUGGAGGUCGAUAGAGGAUCUGUUGGACCGUUUAAAAAUAGCAACAAAAUGUUUUUGAGGUUUUUGUCUGCCCCGAUGAGCAAUGUAAAGAUGGUAUUAAGAAGCCUAGCUACAAGGAAGCGUAGAUGUGUAUGUCCCUGAUCUUUUACAGCAGAAUUUGCUAGAUGGGAUUUCUGCUCCUGGUAAUUGGUUAACACACAGUAAGUUUAAUAAUAAAUAUUUUAUUCGCUAUUUAUCAGGCAUGUAGUUCCAUUAUUUCUACCUGUUAAUGUAUAGCUAAUGGGAAAGAUCGUUUAACUGCAUUCAAUCUGCAGGAGUCUCUAUAAUGCAUGGAUAUCGAACUCUCAUAAUUUAUGUAAACGAUCUUCACGAUAAUGCCCCAUGCAAAAUUAAAUAAAUAAAAAAUCUCUUGCAUCAUAGCUCCACCCACUUCCCCCUCUCCUCCAACAGGAAGAAAGGCAUAGUAUAAGCAACGUACAGCUAGCUGUACUACUCCCAGACUCCUUUGAAGCUUACUGCCAUGACAGGUGUGUGUGUUUUCCUUUUGUGUGAUUUUUAUCCCACCUCAUGUAGAUUGUAAGCUCUUUAGAGCAGGUUCCUCGUUACCUCUUGUGUCGGUAUGUCAAGCUUAUUUCAUGAAAUUUGCUUGUAUGUGGGUUUUUUUUCGUCCACCUGUUGUUCCGUACUGCCCUUUAAAUAAAUCACCAAUAGCCUUAUUGGAAGAGAAUCAGGAAAGUCCACAUUUUGGACCUUUGGGAUUUCUUGUGAACUAGGCUAGACACCACUGGAUUAAAAAAUAUAUUUGUGUUGAUUGUGUCUUCCUUCUCCCUGAGCAGCCACUCUUGACCUCUAUACCUGUAACCUUUACUGUUAUGCCAAAGUCUACGAAGGUCAAAACAUGUGUAGUGAAAUUAAUUUUUAUUUCUACAAUGUAAGACAUUUGGCUAGCACAAUGUAUAAGUGAAAGGGUCUUUAAAAAGUGACACACUGUAAAAUAAACGACAGGUGCUCUUAGUAUUUGGGUUGGAACUUCAAAAGGAUACUGCUUGUUGUUCGUAAGCCGAAUGGAUUUGCUAAGCACUCGCAGGUCACAGGGAAAUUAAUUAUAUUUUGGGCUAACGGCUUAAUGCAUUCAUUUCAGAUCUAAGUAAAGGGAAUUCGGUGAGGGACAUCGAGUGUUGAGAAACUCCUUUUUGCAACAAGAAAAUGAAAAAAAACACAGUGUUCCUGUAGCAAUAAGUCAGCAGAACAUUGUUCUUCUGUAAGAAACGUGCAGCCGGCACGUCAGGUCUCAUGGGCCUGGGGAUCUGGCAUAAUCAGACCUUGUGAUACAGCCACGGAUUUUCCUGCAGACAUAAGCACAUCUGUAUAUUACACAGACUCCUGACUUUAGAGCUUUUCAAAGCCACAGCUGUAGGGAUGCCCCAGAUACAGAGACUCCUGUUGUCCACUAAUGUGUCUCCAGUGACUGUGAAACCUUCUCAUCAUGGUGUCCCCUCCAACCCCCUCACUAUUGCUCAUGUGCCUCGUUCUCUAUCACAGUAAAGGUUAGAUACUUAUCUCCUGUAGUGCACAAACUAGACGAUGACAAUUAUUGCGUGGGUAUCUAUCUCUCAUUUCAUAACUUAGCUAUAAUGCUUUUUCCAUCUCUUGGUAUUGCCUUUAUUUCAUGUCUGUCUAAUGUCCUGCUUUGGAAUACUGGCUCUGUCUCUUCGGUAAACCUUGUCCUACUUUCUAACUAUGGCCCCGAUUUUAUAUUUUUGGCUAGGCUUUUUAAAUGAUUUAAUAUUUAGAAAAAAAAGUUUUGUAUUUGAUAUUUUUUUUAUAUAUUGAUAUAUUGUAUACAUUAUAUGUUUGAAUGUUACAUUUAAAAAAAAAAUUACAUUGUUUGAAAUGCUUAUCCAAAAAUAUUAAAUUGAGGCAAAUGUCCCUUUCUAGGGGCUUGGAAUGUUUGGGGUGUAUAGGUGUAUCAAGUUGGCCCGUGUCAAAAAAACUCACUGUAUGAUACAAUGUGGAUGGUAUAUCGCAGAGAUCCACAGCAAUACAACUCACAGUAAUUUGACGAAUGCAUGAGUGUAUGAUUGUACGUGUAUCACAGAGCUCCACAACAAUACAACUCACAGUCAUGGGGAUUGUUUAUAAGUGUAUCACAGAACUCCACAGCAAUAAAACAUUGUACAAUAGUAUCACAGUAUCCCACAGUAAAAACUCUUGCCAGCUUCCCCCCCUCCCCACCACUACACACAUACACAAUAAAGUAAUGCUUUAAAAUAACAUAGCCAAUAUCCAGCACCAGGUGAAGCUCCACCACAUUUCAUUGGACUGGUCAACUGGCUAAAAGCAUAUGCGCUUGCUCUGAGCCACCAAGGGAAAGGGAGGGAUCAUUAAAAAAAUUAAUAAGUGGGAGGAGAGGAAGGCUUAAAUUUAGGAAGAAUUGAGGGGAGACAAACACUUCUCCUUGCAGACUCUGUCAGUGUGUAGUGUGAGCUGAUGACUGAUGUAUGUUUUGCACAGAAUUGACAUUUGACUGUCCGGAAUACAAACUUACCGUGUCUUCUAGAAACAGAAGUGGUCAUGGUAGUUGGAGUAACCCUUUAACAGCAAGAUGAAGAGAGCAGUGCAUUGAAGGAUUUAUUUGUCCUUUAUAUAACAAAGCAGCAAAUGUUGAUACUGAGAGAUUUAUUUCUCUGAUGACAAACCAGUAUCCAGUGCACUACUGUCAACAGAUUUGGAUCUUUGAUGCCAAAUCAGUAUGCAAUGCGUUGCUACUUUUGGAUUUAUUUGUGACAUAGCAGUUAGAAUACGUUGCUACCGAGGGAUUUAUUUGACUCUCUGAUGACAGAGUAGUAAGAAUCUAUUUUGCUACCAAGGGAUUUAUUUGACUCUCUGAUAACAAAGUAGUAAGAAUCUGCUUUGCUACCGAGGGAUUUAUUUGACUAUCCGAUGACCAAGUAGUAUAAAUGUGUUUUCCUACCAAGGGACUUAUUUGACUCUCUGAUGACAAAGUAGUAAGAAUGCAUUGUUAACGAGGAAUUUAUUUAACUCUCUGAUAACAAAGAAGUAAGAAUGCUUUGCUACCGAGGGAUUUAUUUGACUAUCUGUUGACAAAGUAGUAAGAAUGCAUUGUUACUGAGGGAUUUAUUUGACUCUCUGUUGACAAAGUAGUAAGAAUACGUUGCUACCGAGGGAUUUAUUUGACUCAAAGUAGUAAGCACUUGUCCUACAACAGUUAAAUGUGUUUUCCUUAGUUCUGUGUCUGUAGGAGUCUGACGACAUUUGUUCUUUCCCUAACUUCAUAUUUAUACUGCAAACUCUGAGAGAUUUGGCUCUUAGCCCUGGGCUCCCAUCGGCUCACCCUCCUUAAUGGGAACAGAGAGCCUGAGGCCAUUCUGUCAGCACAUCCAAUCCGAGAGAUGGCUAUUUUAGGGAAAUUCCAUAAAUAAAACUCCUUUCUCCAUGGAUUUCCCUGUCGGUAACAUUGUUUGGAGACCAAGGAACACACCUGCAUGCUUUUCCUUAGACCAAUCAUCGUGAAUUAGCCUGAGUGGGAGCAAAUGAGAAACUUAGAAGUGCUUUAAAUAGUGGUGAACUGUUAAUGCAUACCAGGAAACCCCUGACAGUUGUAACCCCUUCACGGCAAGUUAUUAGGAAUGUUCUUUGAAAUUGUGUCUUGAUACGUUAUCUGCCAUGAAGCAGGUAAAAUGCACCUAUGAUACCGUGGUCAUAUUUUGCAUGUCCAUUGUAUUUGCCAGAUUUCUAGCAAAAAUAAAUAUAUAGGUCAUGCUUUCGAUGUCUGCACAGAUUAAUAAAACUAACUACGCCAAAAUGCAGCAUCCCAUAAUUCUAAGAACACAGCCAUGAGAUAGGCAUUUUGGGUAGCCACACACAGCAUUGUGGGAGCUCAGAAAUUUUAUUGAAUUUCACAACAGAGAGCAACAAUGAAUUCAAGCAUUCGUUUUCAUCUUUGGUUUGCUGAGAAUUGUACUAGCACAAUGUAUACAUACAGUUUUAAUACUUGAUAUUUAAUAACCAAUUACAACUGAAUGGGAACCAUGAGUUCUCUGGAAAUGUACGGUAUUGAACAAAACAUUGAAAAUCACCUAUAACUUGUAUUAAAGUGGCUCUGUCACUUCUGAGUAUUUCAUAAAGAUAUAAUGUUUAUAAAAUCCUGAUGCUGAAUCAGAUGGAAAUUCCAAUGCAAUCCAAAGAUACCAUAAGACAAAGCAGAGACCACUUUGUCUUAUGGCCAAGCCUUUGAUUGACAAAAGCCUUUGAUUGACUCCAACGUCAAAUUAUGUCCAAUCCCAGAUUCAGGCACCAUCUUGUUUAUUGCGAUCUCCUCCAUGGACGUCAGUGAUGUAAUUUUGUACAUAUGUAAGAAUACAGCACUGAUGAAGUUCCCUGAAGUUGAAGCACCAGGACCCGGAGAGGGUCCCCAUGAAAAAGGUGGAGGUCAAGCUUUAGAUAAGUACACCUACUUUUCACUGCACCCCGUGGACAUCGGAUCCUAAUUGAAGAUGUCACCCCCAAAGGUGACAGAUCCGCUGUAGCCUUUUUGUCACGUGGUGCUCUGUUCUUUUAAAUGUUCUUAGAUCUUUAUCAAUGGACAUCACUGUACGAUACAAUGGUAGUAUGGAUUUCUACAUUAAAUUUUUGUUCCACCUCACAAACAUAUUUUUGUUAAGUAUUAUAAAACCUAUGAAGUGAUGGUUUCCUUUUAGACAGGACAAAGUACUAAACGUUUAAUCUUUAUUGCAGAAUCAAAGUUUCACCAGUUUGAAGUUCUGGGUCUGAAGUGGUUGCCCCGCUUGAGUCGACUACAAGCCAAAGAAAUCACUCCUUAUGAGGUGGGAGACCGCCCCUGGCAGAAAAGUGUGGAGCAGCUGACUUCUAACCCAGCUCUCCUGUGUGCCCUACGCCGAGUCUAUGCCUUUACUACACUAGAACACGCCAUCCGAGAACUGUCAUCCAUGACAGAUAAAAAACUACCCCAACUCAUCAUGUCUGCCACUCCAGAAAUUGCCUUCCGUCAGGCAGCCCUAAUCUUCAUGGACAAAGAACUGAUUCCUGGUAAGUAUUGCUUUCUGAAGUAAGUUUUUAGUUACCAAAUUCUAGUUCCUUAAAUUGGUUUGACAUCUGGUGACACCAUUUAUAAGAGGUGCAACAGAAAUAUUGAGUGUUUCGACAGCCAAUGGGCAUAUACUAGUAUGUGGUGUAGGUUUUACCUUCGGAUCGGUAACUUUCCCUUAGAGGUGCUUUUAAUGACCGAGUUCUUCAACCUCUCGGAAGGAACGCUUGAAGGUUUCCGGUGGUAUAUUUGUCUCACAUUGAAGUCAAUGUUGUUCUGCAUGUGGGUUGGAUACUACUCUCAACAUCCACUGCUAUGAACCAUAUAUAAAUAUGUAAUAUAUAAUAACACUGUAGCUUUUUAAAAUUAUUAUUACCUUUAGAUCCAGAGAGCCGCAGCAUCCUGAAAUAUAUUGCACCACCAUCAAUGAGCUGCAGGUCUGGAGGUGAGAAUGAGUGACAGACAACUGCAGUCACAUUAUUUUGCUGAUAAUAUAGAAUUUUUUUUUAAGUCAUGGGUUAAAAUGCACAAUACUACAUCCAUGUGUUAAAUAAUUUCUUUCGUGCCUUUGGUAGGUGCAGAAGAUCACAAGUGGCAGACUGAGUCCAUAUUCACGUACAUGCUGUCAGGUAAGACCAUACCUCCCUAGAUUUAAUGAUCCUGAGAUUUCCAGUUGGUUCUGUAAAAACUCCGACAUCUUCCAUGUUCUACAAGACUGGACAGUCACUAGUUGCAGCUGGAUUUAACUUUCCAUCUUUUUUCAUCACUUGUCUUAAAGCAGCAGGUGGACAUAAGGUGCUUGAAUCUGGUGGACUGGUUUCUUUUUGAGGCAUCGUUAGUCUAGGAUUACACAAGGGUUAAAGAAAUCAUAAUCUUGAGAAUUAUCUCUAGUUUAUAUGAGAGAGAACAUCCAGAGAAGCUCAAAUAAAUAUUUAAAUGUUAUAGAACGUGUCUGUUUAUAGUAGACAGGUGACUUCCAUUAGUCUACUCCCUUUUUAAAAAAAAAUUUUUUUGAAAAUUAUCUGAAUCCAGAGAUAUAACCUUGGACAAUGAAUUCGUAAGCCGACAUCCAUGUUGGAAGCAACAAACCAGUCUCUUUGUUUAUUCUUAUCCACACAAUUUCUGUUCGUUACCCAUACUUUGAGCUUUGUCUGUAUUCUGAUUUGAUACCAGUAUACCAAUCGGAAUACAGAUUUGAUUUCAAUUGAGCCAUGAUCUUUUCUUCACCAGCACCUUCUAUUACCCACUUUCUGCAAAAUACAGGUCCUAGUGCAUUAAUACCAUGCUUAGCCUGGAUACCCUACAUCAUUUCAAUAAAUAUUUGAACAUGUCAGUGUGGCAUGUACAGUCCAUAAUAACAGCAGAUUAUUUAAAGGACCACUAUAGUGCCAGGAAAACAAACUCGUUUUCCUGGCACUAUAGUGCCCUGAGGGUGCCCCCACCCUCAUGGCCCCCCUCCUGCCGGGCUGAAGUUGGAGGAAGGGGGUUAAACACUUACUUUUCUCCAGCGCCGGGCUCCCUCAGCACUGGGGACUCUCCUCCUCCUUUGGACGUUAUUGGCUGAAUGCGCAUGCGCGCCAAGAGCCGAGCGCGCAUUCAGUCAGUCCAUAGGAAAGCAUUCUCAAUGUUUUCCUAUGGACGGCAGGGUUAUCUCACUGUGAAAAUAACAGUGAGAAGUACAGAAGCGCCUCUAGUGGCUGUCAAUGAGACAGCCACUAGAGGCUGGAUUAACCCAAAUGUAAACAUAGCAGUUUCGUUGAAACUGCUAUGUUUACAGAAGGCAGGGUUAAACCUAGAUGGACCUGGCACCCAGACCACUUCAUUAAGUUGAAGUGGUCUGGGUGCCUAUAGUGGUCCUUUAAUUAAGUAUACAUUUAGCUUUUGCUAGUUUUUUAAGUGUGUCCCAAGUCAUCUGUGUUAUUGUUGCCAUUAUUGUCAGUGUUACUCGCUUCAUUGACUGGUUGAGUUGCCCCUGCCUAGAAUCAUACGAGUUGUAAGCACAAUGACCCUAAAAUUUACAGUCUGCAUGUUGCAUCCAUACAUUAAGCUAACCAUGCCUUAUUCCAGGUUCCGUAAAUGUUACAGCCAUAACAUUCAGCCUGGGAAUGUUAUUUUGAUUCCAAAUUUUUGCAGGUCCUCCACUACUCUACACGGUUCUUCUCCUCAAGCCAGGGACUUGGAGCCAUGCCAUUGGAAAGAUUUUGCGAAAGGCUGUACAGCAGAAGUUCCACCUGGUUGGAAUGAAGCCAGUGACACUUGCUCCUCAGGAUUGUGAAUUAAUCCUCUCUGAGAAUGUGAAGCAGGUGAGGGUAUCCUGGUGGAACUUACAGAGCCCCUUAUGAAGUCAGAAAACCACAUCCGUCCCAUUGCCUUUUUAAAAAAAAUCAAUUUAAAGAAUGCUGGAAAUUUUACAAAAAGAGAAAACUAAAAAUAUUUGUAUCUUCUUACAUUGUGUAGACCUUCACUGGGUACUUUGGUGGGUUAUAUAAAAUAUGCCAAUAUUUGCAGUUAAAAAAACUACAAUAAGAAAAGUUUUAUGUUUUUAAAGCAAUGCUUUUUUAUCUUGGCGGACUAUUUCUUAACGUGAAACUUUGCACAUCUCCUUCAGUUCUCUUGGAUAAGCUGUUUUUCAUGACGUAAUAGAAGGUAUCCAGCACUAAUGUAAUGUUUUUAAAAAUUACUCCGUUUUAAAUCUAAUUCUAAUAGUGGUUAUGAGGGAACCGAAGGAGAUCUGCACAUUUUCCAUCACUACUUCACGAUUUAGCAUCAUGCUUUGUGUAUGAUGUCAUCCAAUUAGUGGCUGCCAUUCUCUAAUAUACUGUGGUUCAGGGUAUCUGUCAGUCAUUGAACUGUGCAUUUUUAUUGGCCGUUUCAUGCUGAGCUGUGAUUGGUGUAGUUCAUUUUACAUAUUGAGCUACCCUGUGAUUGGUUCACCUUAGUUACACUAAUCACCUAUCUGAGUGGGAGCUUCAAGCCUAUCUUGCUGAGAAUCUGAUGUUAAAACAGGAAAUGCUGGGGGUGGAUCCAAGCUCUGUACAAGUUACCUAAUGAACACUGAAAAUACAGCUGCAGGGCGCAGAUUUACAUUAAUGCACAGAUGACAUCUGUUUUGUCAUGUAAACAGUUUAACAGACAAAAAUUACCAUAAUUUCCUUUUAAACACUGCUUUAGCCUUUAAUUGCUAUUUACCACAUUGAUCGUGUUAAUUAUUAAUUAGGACAUGGCACCAAGUGAAAAUAUGCAUUGCUCCUUCCCCAGGAUAAAUCUCUAUUUCACGCUCACUGUGAUUACCUCUGCGUUGGACCCUGCCUCGUGCUUUGUCUACAGAGACACAAUGCCGUACUGAGACUCCUGGAUUUACUGGGGCCCGAGGAUCCUGAGCUGUGCAGAGCUGAAGACCAGUUUCUAUGGAGAGUACAGUAUGGCACCAGUCCUGUACGGAAUGGGAUGUACGGUUAGUGAGCAAGAAAUCUAAUUCUUAGUAAAACAUCUAAAUUAUACCUUCAAGGUUAAGUCAGUGGUAGUGUGUAUAUGAAAAGGUAGUAGGUUCCUAUGAUUCUGGGUUAUGGGUAGAGUUAUAUGAAUAGGUUACCAUUAUCGAAAUGGCUUGGAAAGGCUAAAGGGACACUGUAGGCACCCAGACCACUUCAGCUAAUUGAAGUAAUCUGGUUGCUGUGACCCUUUUGCACCUAGUGCUGCAAUGUUAAACAGACAGCCACUGGGGGCACUUCCGGAUUCGUAACAGACUUUUGGUUUGUCAGAUUUUUUUUCAUCCAGAAUCAUAUAUUCCCCAUAGGAAAGCAUUGAAUAACGCUUUCCUAAGGGUAGGUUUAAUGCGCGCGCGGCCAUUGAAGGAGUGUGGGUGGAGCCUGACCCAGCGCCGAGGGACAUCGGCGCUGAAUCAAGGUAAGUAGCUGAAGGGGUUUGAAAUGGGAUGGGGGCGGGAGGGAGGGGGUCACUGUAGAAUUCUCAAGUGUCAAGGAAACGGGUUUGUUUUCCUGGCACUGGAGAGUCCCUUUAAUAUGGAGGUCCUAUUUUUGAGUUUUGGAUUUUUAGUUUAGUAUGAUGAGUUUUACAUAAUGUAAGGAAGUUAUAUGAAGUAGUUAUAUCAGAGAGUAGGGGGAGUUGUAGGGAGUGGUUAUAGCAGAAAUCAGGGGUAGUUAUAGGGAGUGGUUAUUGUAUAAAGUAGGGGGAGUUAUAGGGAGUGGUUAUCGUAUAAAGUAGGGGGAGUUAUAGGGAGUGGUUAUAGCAGAGAGUAGGAGGAGUUAUGGGCAGUGAUUAUAUUAGAAAGUAGGGGGGUUAUAGUAGAAUGUAGGAGGCGUUAUAGGUAGUGGUGAUUGCAGGGGAACGUUUUAGGGAGUGGUUAUAGUAGAAAGCAUUGGGAGUUAUAGGGAGUGGUUAUAGCAGAGAGUAGGGGGAGUUAUGGGUAGUGAUUAUAUUAGAAAGUAGGGGGAGUUAUAGAGAGUGGUUAUAGUAGAAAGUAGGAGGCGUUAUAGUAGAUAGCAGCGGGACGUUUUAGGGAGUGGUUAUAGUAGAAAGCAGUGGGAGCUAUAGGAAGUGGUUAUAGUAGAAAGCAGAUUAUUUUGUUGAAGUUUGAUUGGAACCAUUAUCGUUAUGGGUGUUUUUGUACUUAUGUAUAUAGCUAUGUAUCAUCUGUAAAAAUAAACUGAUCCAUUACUUCUAUCCAAAUAACCCAGGGAGCUUUUUAAAGCUCUGUGAGAUGUGAGCUCGUUACUUACAAACGUAUGAUAGCUGUUAUGGCCAUCCUCAGUAUUUGUCCUUUUGUUUUUCUGUGUUGAAAUCACUCGGCAAUCCAUCAUUUAUCUCUUAAUAUAUGUCACUUGUCUUUUCUAUAGUGCGCACCUCAUACUGCGAACGCGCACAGCUAUCUUAAGAGCAAACCUCUACACACAAGCAUGGAAGCCUCACACUUUCUUUGUCAUCCAACAAAUAAUAAAUGGUUAUUAAGCUAAUAGAAGGUCUCUCCCCAGGCAUUGCAUGUGUCACAAGCAGCUAUGUUAAAAAAAGGUUCUUUAAAGGUGACAUUAUUUCUGUAAUCUAAUGCAUUUUCACUUCAUUUAGAGACAUCCUGUUAUUCUUUGCAGCCUGGUUAGCAGAGCAUCUAAGGAACUCUUUAUGCUCCGUCACGUAAUUCCAUACAAUGGCACAGGGUUUUUUCUGCACGGAUUUUUCCAUGCUCAGUAAAUGUAGGCCAAAGAGCAUUUAUUAUAUCAGCUUUACCAAAGGAGAUGCACAGAUCAGCUAUAGGUGGAGAUGAGGGCAGUAUUACAGAGAGUAAACCAGGGGAGGCGGAGGGAGAGUGUCUAUAGGAAUAGAUGUAUCCGCAAUCACAGGGAUUAAUUGUGUUAUUUUUAGCCACAGUUUCAGGGCAUUUUUAUGUUUUUUGUUCUUCUGGCUAGGAAAUCUUUUCCUGACGAUUCACAUCGAAUUUAUUACAUUUAAACUUUCAGAAAUAAAUGUGUGUAGCAGAUAUAGAGCUUUAUGCCCUAUCCUUUUAGUUCAAUUUUAUUUGUUUUUUUUACUUGCUACAAAUAAUCUGUAGAUUUAAAUCAGAGAUAUAUUUUUUUGACUUGGUGCAGAGGAUAUUCUGUUCAGCUGCCUUGCAUUCCAUUACAUCGUUCGUUUUUCACUGACGUUCUAGGAAUGUGGGCUACUUUCUUCAUUUGUCAUUUUAUUAUACAAUUUAGGACUGAAUGACAGAUCAGAUCUGGGAGUGUUGGCCAGGAGUUAGCAACUAAGGCUGUUCCUCUCUUUCAUGACUCUACUCACUAUCCUUAGCCAGCGAUACACCAAUUUCAGAGGCCCAGGUUAUAUUUAAUGCAGGAUAUCUGAAUUUACUCCAGUGAGUUAGAGUCCCAUUUGCGUUAUUUUCCCAGUUAUCUUUGAGAGGGACUAAAGGCCAAUAUUAGCCACAUAGCAGAGAUUCCUGUCCUCGGUCAACGGCUGUUGUGAAUGGAUUUUCCAAAAUCCUUGGAGUCUUAAUGACAAAUGGAUGGGCAGAACUGGACACCCCUGAUGUAAAACGUCUCUGACAGUUGACUGCAAUUAGCAGUUUCACUUUUUAUUAAGUCUAUUGAUUUCAGUUUUCUGGUAAAGUUUCGCAAUUAAUCUGCAUUGAGCAACACUUUCAGGAAAACCGUGGAAGCCGAGGCUAAUUAUUAUCCCAGCUUAUUCAUGGCCGCAUUUUAUCUGGCCAAUGUGUCCUGCACGUUUAUCCACAAUAUUUCUGUAUCGAACAUACGCGUUGCCCAAAAAGUCUUUCCUAGUAUUUCUUUUCUUUCUUUGUAAGAGAUAUUUCACCUAGUUAAAGGACCAAUAUAGGCACCCAGACCACUUCAUCUCAGUGAAGUGGUCUGGGUGCAGCGGCCCUGUCCGCUUUGUCCUGCUAUGUACAAUAUUGCUGUUUUGUAGAUAAGGCAGUGUCUAACUCCUUCCGCACCUGCAACCAAGUCAGACUCAGUUCUAUGAUGGUUGACAUCCUCAUGUAUUGCAUGUGAACGUAGAAUGUCAGAGAGACAGAUAUUUUCAGAGAUUUUAGACUGAUGAAAGAGUAAAUGUUUUUUGGAAGUUUAUACCACAAUUAUUGAUUAACGGCUAUUUUUAUGUAGGCUAAAUAUGCUCCCUUACAUUUUUUUGUAUCUCUCUCUUCAUCUUCAGGUUCCAUCUCCUAUGAUACCGCCAUCCGAGACCUGAAACAUUUCUUCCCCGAAGGUCUUCCAUGUGAUCAGUCAGUCGUGUUGGAGACUGAACAGGUAGGAUUUGCCCUUCACUCUGGCCGUUUUGUCUACCCAUAUUAUCCAUGUUAUACUUUGAAAUAUCUCCUAUCAGAACUUCAUUUUCGAUUAUCCUGUACCAGUUUUAAAUGUAAGAUAAAGGAUACCGCACUCUCACAGUGAAAACCAAGUGCAUCAAAGACCGGGUUGGCAAUACCCAAUUUAGUAGAUAUUAGUAGAAAGUAACUCGAGACUCUCAAGGUUUCUUCAAAAAGGCAGAUUUAUUGAGAACUGAAUGUGCAACGUUUCAGCCUACACAGAGGCCUUUUGUCUCUUCGUUUCUUAGCUUUAGUUUUAAAUGUAGUCAUUAAAUAUAGGCCCCUUUUAAAAAGUAGUUGUAGUGCUCUCCUGAUUGCUUCGUUUAAUGGCUUAUGUGAACUUUAAAGAUUUUAAGAUUUAAAGAUUGUAAGAUUUUAGCAAAAUCUAAAUAUUAUAAAUAAAAUCACACAUUUAUUGUGGUAAAUCUACGGACUUAAGGAAAUUAUUGAAUAUUAUAAAUAAGCUCCAUACAUUUUACAAUUUCGUUUUUGCUUUAUAAUGUGAAAUGGCAUGUGCGUAACAAGAAAAACAAUUGAGCAGAAAUAUAUUUUUAUUAAAGUAUAACUGUCACUUCCCAGAAUUUUUAAUAUUAUGUUUACUUAUCCUCCAUAUUUAGAAAAUGUGUUUUUGCAAGGUCUAAAAAUGUAAAACUCUAUGUUUAAAUCCACACAUCUCCCCUAGAAAUGGGCGCCUUCAACUUGGCUUCCAAUCAAUCAUCAUUAGAAAUGUUGCACUAUUCUGCCAUUGAACAUAGUAAUUUGAAGAGGAGAAACGGAAACAAUGUUGCCCUGACUGUGCCAGGACUGAACUAGAUUUUGCUCAUUUGCUAAAUCUUAUUAAAAUAUACAUUUUAAAAGAAAACGAAGUAUCAUAUAAUUUAUAGGUGAUUUUCAACCCUGCUGUAACAAUAAACAUAAUUUUGACAACCUUAGUAGAUACAAUAAUACAUUUACCCAAAUAGGAUGUAUCUUAUAUACCAACCAUUAGGGACUUGCCAGCGCAGGAAAUAUUUAUAUAAUUUAGCAAUUUAACCUUCAAUGAAGUUUUUAUGUAGUCCUCAAAGCAAGAUGUGGAUAAAUGGCAUAAAAGGCUUAUUAUUUAAAGAAAAUGUAGCACUAGUUUAAUAAAAGGAGUGUCUAUGCUAAAUUGUAUACUGCAUAUUGGCAAAAGUGAUGGAAAUCAAAUUUGAAUCGGAAUACUGAUUCAGAUUCUCUAUUGAAUCUGCAGCUCUGUAGGGAAACAGGCUCAAAGGUAAAUUCAUUGAUGACAUGAGAGGUCAUUAAGUCACCAUUUCUAAAUGGACCAGAUUGCAUCCAUUUUAAAUUGCCAGCAAUCCUAGAAAUUCACAAAUCAGCCUUAUAUUUACACCACGCAGAGUCCUGGUUGCAGGACGAUGGGAAUGUACUUAUAUAAGUCCUGUAAUAAACGCUAUGCUUCGUCUAGCAUGAAUGAGUUAACAACUAUUUCCUGAAUGUUUUGCAAGUAUGGGAUACUGUGCAAAUCAGCUUCUUAGAGCAUCACGUGAAACGUGCACCUAAAAUAGACACAAUAGAAGAACAAAGCGUUAUUUUCGGUUGUCCUCGUUACCUCUCACAUCAAUUAUAAAAUAAAGAGUCUGCUAGAAAGGCUGCUUUUUGUGUUGCGUGCUAUAUUUAUUGCAUUCGGUGCUGUUCCCUGUGUACCUGUGAUUUGCACAGCUGUGUCUAUUUCGUGACUACAACAGAACUGUCUAUACCCUGCGUAAUGCAGAGUGCUUAAGUAAUUGAUUAAAAGCCUCUUGUAUAUGUAUGUAACACUCUGCCUAAGACGUGAUAGUUUAAUAUAUCUCUGCUUCUCUGCAGAUUACAAGUUGUCUAGCGUACGGCGACCCAGCUGCCAUUUUAACUGAGUGAUUCUAAAAAAAAAUAUAUAAAUACACAGGAAAGUGCACGGGGUGGAUUGAAGGCCUAUAUUUAUACCCAACCUGGCAACGUAUGCUUUUAAAUGUAAUGGAAAUCAUUUAGCCCCUAGUUAAUAGGAAUUUAUUUUUUAAUCCUACCACGUGAGGAAGCGGGGGAGUUCUUUCCUUUCUCUGUAUGCUUGCGUUCAGUUCGUGCUGCCAGAAAGCGUUUUGUAAAGCUUGGUAAUUCAAAGUACCACCAAGAGCAAUGCCAAACUCAAAUCUCAAAGUUCCUGUGGCGAUCAAGUAAUGUGUUACCAAAAAUCUAAAAAUGAACCUGAACUCAUCCGUUUAAAGGGACACCAAAAUCGUGGUUUUUUUUUGUAGUUAACUGGGCUCAGAUGUAUAUUCUCAUAAUUAUCAAACACCCACUGGAAAUGACUAAAGAAAGACAUCUUACUAGACAGAAUGUGCCCAGUAGCCCCUUUAUCAGGGAAAGGCAACCUUCAGCACUCCAGAUGUUGAGGACUACAUACCCCAUAAUGCUUUUACACCCAUAAUGCGGGCAAAGCAUCAUGGGAGGUGUAGUCCAAAACACCUGGAGUGUCAAAGGUUGCCUAUGCCUGCCCUAGAUCAAUGUUUGCAAUAUGUGUAAGGUUAGCUGGGUAUCGUAAUACAAUGCUGGGAAUUCUUGACACAAUAUCACGUCCCACCAGAUGAGCCACCUCCUGGCCGAGCACCAUUCAGUCACUACGACCUUAUUAACGCAUGUUUUCACUGUACUCUCAGACUCGGAUGAACUGCAAUUCCUUCAAAUUCUGUAUCUCCAAAGUGCCAUAUAGACAUAUACCUGAGCAGACGAGUAGCCUGAUGGCUGAACAUGUUCGUUUGGUUCGGCAUUCAGAGUUCCCCUAUGGCUCCAAAACAAAAAAGAGAUGCUUAAUGGGAAAAGGAUGGUUGGUGGUUAGGGGACAACCACUAAAUGUUGAUUUUAUCCACCGAUCAAGUGAAAAGGGACCAUCUGGGGAGUGAGGUGAGGGGGAAGCAGGAGAAAAAUAGAAAAUCUAUAUUUAAUAAAUGUAUAUCAUGUAUAAAUAUAGAUAUUUGUUUCCUGUUUUUCCCUCUAUUGGUUACUUUUCUCCCUUGAUCUGUAAAUGAAAUAUGGGGAUGUCCAUUUAUCCAUGGAUCAUAUUCAGCUGAACCAUUACAUGAACAAGCGUAGCAUGUGCCAAACAAAAUUUCAGUUUCAGGAAAAAUGAUUUAGUUGAACAUAACUUUCCCAGUUCUAUCUCUCACCUGCAGUUCCCCUAAAUCUUGACAUCUAGCUGUGGAUAUGACUCUUUCCUCUAUCAGUCUACCUUACGUCAUAAUGGGAAAUGAACAGUGAACCCCUCCCAAAGAGGGCACCACACCGUUCUAAUUUAUGUCUAUAUCUGGAGCUAUUGGCAAAAUUUUAAUAUCUUUCAUACCAUUAAAUGAACACUCCUAGCACCAUAACUACUACAGCCCACAGUAGAAGUGCUGUCGCACAGUAAGUAGUCAAGCUGUUUUAGUAGAAUUUGGCAACUUACCUGAAGGCCGCUGUGUGCCCGCACCACAUCCAGUCUCUAUAGAAUAAAGCUCUGCCUAUAAACAUGGCCCUGCUUAGCACUGUAUAGCUGACCGAAUUAUCAUACAGUAGAAGACCGAAUGCAAGGUAUGUGGUUUCAUGCUCCUGGCAAGACCCAGAUAAGUUGUCAUACUGAGCUAAAAUGGUUUACUACUUACCAUGGAGAAAGUAUAAUGAAUACCGCACUCUCCAAGCUUCCAGGUUGCGCAGGACCUCAGAAUGGCUAGGUCUUACAUCCAAAAGCUAGAAAAUAAAUAUUGAUCAAAACACUCAAGGAAAAAAGCCAAAAUAGGAACACAACAGCAAUGUUUCGACCCAGCAGGGUCUUUGUCAAGUAAAGCUGCUAUUUUGGCUUUUAUCCUUGAGUACCUAGAUCAUCAUUUAUUUUCCACUACUUACCGUGGGACAGCAUCAGGCCACCUCGACUUCUAUUGUUCCUUUAAUCUUCAUACCAUCCUCCUGUCAUACCACCUUCCAACAACCUUUUACAAACUCUUUUAAAGUUAAAUAAAUACAUGAUCGGUCCACUUAUUAAUUAAAUUAAAUUAAAUUAAACAACUGCCUUCCAUAAUUACAUUAACAUCUAACUCAAGGCACGUUAGAAGAUCAUCAAUUCUCACCUUGAAAUCUGUUCAACUCAAGCAUUAUCAUCAAGAUGUAAAUAAUAUAUAUUAAAAAAAAUAUCAUCCUUCUACUCACUGAGUGACACUACACACAUUAUACAUUUACCUUGUAUAGUGGAUAAAUAAUUUUUAGUGGCCUUUUUUAGAAAUGGGUGGUCAGGACCCAGAUUCCCAACUGUUUUAGAAUAUGCUGGUACAACAAUGGGGGGUUUACUAUUAAGUCCACCCCAGCAGAGAAUUUUCCCUUUAAGGGGUACCGAUAUGAAAAUGAAAAUGUCUACAGCAAAGCUGCAAUUUAAACAUGUGUGUGUAUUAAUACAUUUGACAAUGUUUCCAGCUUGGCUCUUUUAGUCUUACAUUUGCAUUUCUCUUGUUAAUUUGUCACAAUUCCUGGUUUAGUAAUUGUCUGCCUAUUUUUUUAUAUUUCAUUUAUUUACGUGAAAGGAUUUUUCAUCCGUAUUUGCAGCUGUGAACUUUAACUUGUAAUUAGGAGGAUGUUAACAACUAAAACAUAUAUCGUGUGUUUUAUAUAUUCUUAAACCUUUCUCUGUUCUUUUACUGUCACAAAGAAAAUUUACAAUAUAAUUUAUUUAUUUUUACCCUUUUGUCAAUCAAUUGUUUAUUGGGGCAGAAAUGUAACAAGCACUGGUAAAAUAGGAGUGACAUAUCCAGACAAAAAUAGUUAGUAUUAGACAUAUUCUUCUGUGUUUAUUUGUCCGUAGAUACCAAGACUGGAGUGUGAUGUCUUGUUUGGCAGUCGAGCACAACGCAAAGUGGUGAAGAAUCCACUUCAUCAGCCAGGAAAAUCUCCAACCUGGGGUAAUGUCUGCCACCAGUAAAACAAAGAUCUUGUUUACCAUAUCUUCUCUACCUACCCAUCCCUGUUCACCUUCAAAUACCAAGUCCUUGUGGGAGGUGGCAUUCACGCCAUACUUUUUUUUUUUUUUUUUAAAUCACGCCAUACUUUUAUUUGAAAUGUCAGCAGUAGCUUGUGACCUGAUGCCUUAGCCCAGGACUUUGUACCGUCUCCCCUGUGUCCUUCCUUUUCCCUUGUAUUCUUGAGAGGAAUAUGAAUGCUGUGUUCCUGUUGACAUCCUUUUCAUUUUUUUGAUCCCUUACAUACAUCCCUCUAUUUGUCUUUUGCCUGUGGGUUCUGUGUCAUCCUCGGGUGUUUGGUCUGACAUCUUCCUACAUGCAUGCUGUCUACCCAAUGCCACCUUCUUCUACCUGUACUGAUCGUUAGCUUGCUAUCCGACCUUGGCUUGUUUGACUAUCCCAUGGCCUGCUCUCUGUGCUUGACACGUGAAUGUUGUGUAAAAGUUGGGAGGUUUUUUUUGCCUCUAUUAUUUUUAUAUGUACAUCUUCCUGGUAGAAUUGUCUUGAUGUUCAUUGGCCUUCCUCGCUGUGAAACUUGAUUGAUGACUGCCAACAGGCAAGUUAAACUUCUGUUCAACUGAGAAAAAUGAGCAGGACUUAAACACUAGUAGCAAAUUAACAUUUGAGUGCGGCCUUUGCUGGCCUUCGGCAAGGAGAGUCAUAAGCUACAUUAAUAAGUACUUUACCAAAGCAAUAACUUUCAAGUGAGACACAUUUUGAAACUGUAAAAGACACAAAACCAAAUUGACCUACAUAAACCUACAUAUAAGUUGAUUUUGAGGAAUUUUUAUACGGUAAAUUGUGACCCAUGACAGUGCUGCUCUACCCAUACACACUGGUUACAACCAUACAUAGAUUGGUUUAUCCAUUUAGACAGGGUUAACUGAACAAAGGAGAGCAGACUGUAUUGACUGUUUAAGCAAUGACCGUGACAAAGGCUCCUGCAGCUUAUACUAAGUGUUUGGUAAAUGCAAGUCACAUACACACUUGCACGUGUUCUGUCUUAUGACGCACAUAUGUGUCACCUUCUAUACCAAGGCACCCAGCUGUACAGCAGCCAGGCAGCCCAUCACACAUGUACUCAUAUUUUAAAGAUGAGACUCAUUUUGUUAGUAACCCUUCAAAUUCCAGAGGGAGGCUACAUUCAAUAUAUAGUAAUUAUAAUAAAAUAAUGGAAUGGAAAAAUAAUAUUGAGCAUCUCUGCCGGUUUCCAUAAAUGCGUAUUCCCCGUUACCAUUCAUUAAAUAUUUUAUGCAAUAAAUGGGAUCUUGUGCACCAGACAUAUCUAUUAAAUGUUAAUGUCACGUAAUGUAGUAUCAAUUGAAACCUUAGGACCGUACAUUAACUAUCUAAUGACAAGGUCAAUAAAAUCAGUACCAUUGAGUUAAUUAAUAAUAACAUCUCUAUUUAGAACAUACAUUACAAAUAAAAUAAAAGUAUUCUUCCUAGUAGAGUUUUUAUUUUUUAGUUUAUUACUUGUGUCUAAGCCUGCUGUUCAGAUUAAUUUAUUUUAUUUUUGGUCAUUUUGCUGGCCGACUCCUAACAUCCAUUAGAAAACUGGCCAUAUUAAUUGUUGACGUCCCACCAUAGUACUGCGUUGUUUGGACAAUAGGAUAUAGUUCCAACACUGAACGUAACGCUGUCCUAUUUUAUGCCAUGUGGAAGCACCAACUCUAUGCAAUAUAGCCCACUUGGUUUAUUUAUCAAUUAAACUAUGUCUCUAAAAAAGGUAAUUGCAGUAGGAUAUAUUGUAUAGUUUUAAUCUGGUUGGUUCGUAAUGCCAGUUCAUAAAAUAUAGCAUGUUGAUAAUAUAGAUUGUUUUGUAAAAUAAAUAGUACCGGUAAUUGGUUUUCAUUCAUAGAAACAUAGAAUGUUCUUGGACGGCAGAUAAGAAGCAUUCGGCCCAUCUAGUCUGUCCAAUUUUCUAAAUACUUUCAUUAGUCCCUGGCCUUAUCUUAUGGUUAGGAUAGCCUUAUACUUAUUCCACACAUUCUGAAACUCCUUCACUCCUUCACUCCUUCACCUUUACCACUUCAGCUGGAAGGCUAUUCCAUGCAUCCAGUACCUGGGAAUUCAAGCCUGGGAAUAGCAUUAUAACUGUACAACAAAUACCUCUAUAAAGAUACAUGUCCAGGUUUGUAAAAGAUUAAAGGAUGGUAUAUUACUAUGCAGGAGCUGAUUUGCUGAUGUAAUUGUUUAUUAUCCCAGCCACCAAUACUUCCUUUAGAUAGUAAGCUCAUGGGCCAUCUCUUGAAACACGCUUUGUGUAAGAGUUAAAUGUGCAAUUAUAUAAGCCUAUGAUCUGGGUUUCUAAAUCAAUUAAUAUCUAUCUUCAGGUUUGUUUGUUUUUAUAAUUUGAACACACAUUGACUUUGUAUUUACUCAAAUAAUUACCUUCUUUAUUUGCUUUACUUAGAUCAACCCUUUAUCAGUGCCCUUAGCCAGACCACGUGCCUUCUCUUCCCUCCAUGCACUGUGCGUGGCUGCCCACCACCCUACAUCCAGGGACUUGAGCAACUGGCCAGCAGAGACUUUCGUAUCACAGCAACGCGUCUUACUGUAUUCGACCAAUCACAGGCACAGCUGGUCUCAGAUUUAUACAGCCCACUGGACAGCCUAUCAGCAGAGGUACUCAGACUCACUGUCAUGUGGAUCCCUUUUAUUGCACUCACAUUAAAUGCUACUGAAAAGAAAGGUUUGGAAAAAAAUGUCAGGAUUAUUUUCUAGGGAAUUCAAAGAGAGUUUAAAGAGAAUUUCAAAAUUUGGUCCGGAAUAGCCAAAUUUGUCAAAUUCUUUAAUUCUGUCUUCAGUUUAGCUAUUUUGGACUUAAAUUUGAAAUUCACUUUGAAUUCCCAGCAAUGCUUACGUUAGUGAAUAACGCUGAUAGAGAUGUCUUUUUCCUCUCUUUGGCUAGUGUGUUGCCCUCUGAAGGCUAAGUCCAGGGCCAGCACAACCAUAAGGAGGCACAGGCAGGGCCUUAGAGCGCACCGGCCUGGAAGGCAAUGUUCGGGCUCUGGGUGACCGGCAGAAGGGGUUCGCACUGUGCUUCCCCUCCUGCCAGUCACUUCAUGUAGUGUAAAACAGCAGGUAGGUGCAGCGCCUAAAUAGUCCUUAUAUGGGAGUAUAUAACAACAAGAAAAAACUGAAGGAACUGAUAGUGUAGUAUGUAAAAAUAUAAUAAAUAUGAGAAAAAAAUGUGCUCUCACACUUUUAAGGAGCUUCAAUACAGCUCCAACUUUUGCACCUGGGCGUAAUGAUCCCCGCCUAAGGAUAAAGUGCAGUGCUGAUUCUUCAUAUAUUCGUGGUUGUAGAAGGUAUCGUCAUAAAAAUAGAUUUAAAAAAAAACAUAAUGUAGUGUAGUUUGUUUGGGCUAUGGAGCAGGGGUAGGUAUGAAUAUAAAGUGUGCACUCACAUGUAAUGGAGCCGUGAAUAUGGCUCCAAAUUAGCGUAUGAAGUAUAUAAGUGUAGUUAAUAUUUCUCCGUAUAUAUAUAUAUAUAUAUAUGUGUGUGGAAAAGAAGAAAUAAAACCAUAAUAGUGUAUACCGUAAAUAUGGAGAGAAGAACACAGUAAAAAGAUUUAAAAAAACUACUCACAUGCUAGAGAGCAAAGUAUGGUUUGCUCAAUCCAAUACACUUAGGUGGUAUUAUCCCCACCAAGGAUGAAGCCCAAAGAUCCAGCAGCAGCAAAAGAAGGUUCAAUAAAAAAGUUUUAAAACUUUAAUGUUAAAAAAACAAUAAAAGCAAAAAACAAGGUAAAAAAUAGAUAAAACAAUAUAUUUGGAACACUUAACGCGUUUCACCUGAAUGUAGGCUUUCUCAAAAGUGUAUUACAGGAUGCGUGGGACCAUAGCUGCUUAAAUAGGGUGCUAAAAUUCAUCACAGUCACAUGACCAAACUAAUUAACAUAAACAUUUAUUAAAAUAGUAAAAUAAUUAAUAAUAUAAAAGGAAAUGGUGGUAGGAAGUGUAUAUAAGUAAAAAGUAUGAAAAACAAGCAUUUUAGUUGCUCUAAAUAAACUUUAUCAGGUAUAGAAACGUGUGACAAAUCCAAGAUUUCAUGUAGUGUGGUCGCGCGGACCAUGGUGAAGGAUUAUUCGUUUCUUCUACCUGGCCUGACAGGGAGUGCUCACUGAGAGCAGCGACCAGCUUUCUGUCAGAAUGGGGAGAGAAUACAAAAGAUUCUCUACCGUGGUCCGCGCAGCCACAUUAAAAGGGAGGUAAGCAAACACAAGAUGGCGCGGGGGGGUAAGAGGGGAAAUAAGACACACUAAAGGGCUGGGGGAGAGAAAGAGAUGGAUAAAGGUCAUUGGAGGGAAGAGGCAAACAGAGGGGCUGGGGAAGGAGACAAAGACACACACAAAGGGGUUUUAGAGAGGAAGAGACACACAAAGGAAUUGGGGAGAGAAAGACACAGAGGAGGUGGCGAGAAGAAAGACACAAAGGGGCUGGGGAGAGAAAUAGACACACAAAGGGGCUGGGAAGAGAAAGAGACACACAAAAAGAAGUCACAAGUUCAAAAGGGGGGUUAAGAGACACACAGGUGAAGGUGUAUUUUUUAAGGUGGAGGUAGCAAAAUACAUCUCCGCCUGUGUAGCCACGAAUCCUUGCACCGGACCGAGCUGUGUGACUGUGGCGUAACUGUACAACAGUACGCCACUUGUCGAUCCUUGGUUUAAUGGUAAGGCUUGAGUUGUAAACCUACAUCCUGUAUAUUGUCUUAAUGAUGGUCUUGCUUUCUUAUUACAGUUCAAGGCUCUCACAGAGGGGCCCUGUGUACUAGUGGCUGCCCAACGGGACAAUGCAGUAUCUUGCUUUAACUCUGUCAUGGACAGGUACGUACUAGUUAAUGUUAAUGCAGUUUAUGUCAUUGAGAUUGAAAAUAUGUAAACAAUGUUAAGUAUUUUUGAAGGAACUUCUUUAUUUUUUGUUGUUCUUGACCUUCUGUAUUUUCUACAUGAUUGGAAACCUAUGAGCAUAGCAGCCAGUUCUGGGGCCAGGUUCUCCGGAGCAAGAUCUGCACAGCAACACAUGGGAUGUAACGAUGCCUCAGUCAGCUGGUUAAAGUCAGCGAGUAUCAACUCUUCUGACUAGAGAGCAUCCUUUAAGCACAGAACAUACAGUCAUAUAGAAAGCAGAUCAGUGUCGGCCUACUGGAUCACCAUGGUUAAGUCUCUCAGUCAGAGUUUUAGAUUUUUCUCACAGAAGUCCCCAAGAAUGGUCAAAGUUAGGCCAUAGCUUGGAUUUCAAAAGUUUAAACACAGCAAAAUUCCCCUGAAAACAAUGGCAAUAGAUGCCAUCUUUGUCGCAGUUCAGUGGGAAACCCUCAGGUCUCAGUUUCUCUGUGUCACGGUUCAUACCCUGUGACAUUGCAUGGUGACAUCCUAGCGCUGGGGUAGACAACCUUCAGCACUCCAGACGUUGUGGACUAAAUUUCCCAUGAUGCCCUUACAGCUAUGAUACUGGCAAAGCAUCAGGGGACAUGUAGUACACAACAACUUGAUUGCCAAAGGUUGCCCUAGAGUCCUAGCUCAUGGCCACCAAUUCUAGAUGCAAUAGGCAAGUCUGUAACUGGUUAUUGUCAGAGCUUGGAAAAUAAAUAUUCUGUCAAGCAGAAAUAUUAUUAUCACCUGAGAUUUUAGCGCUAACAUUUUUUUUUGUAAAGUGGACUCUUUGCUGGAGCUAUUGUAUCUCUUGCUUCAAAGACCACCCAUAUCGAUAAAAAGCAUUACUUCUGAUGGAGCCCCCCCAACCCCCCUCCCCCCCAGUCCACUAUUCAAAAGCGCCCAUUUAAAGGGGGAGGUAUAGUAACUCUGAAAUUGUCAGUGAUUAUACACUUCAUAAGCUAGAUAUAAAAAUAAACUUCUCUCUAGAAUUUACACAUCCUAUCUGUUAGUCAUUAGUCACAUGAUUAUGAUGUCAUCACUUGCAAUUUGCUUUCUAGGAAGUUGUGAUAUCGCUAAAGUAGUGAUGACAGCAUCCAGGCACUGUCCUAGAAUAGACAGCUCAUCCUUAUUUAGUCAUAGACUAAAUCCACUCUCUCUUCAAUUACGUUUUAAAUAAGAAGAAGCCGGUUAAACGAAUAAAUUAACCAGUAAAUAUAGGGGAGAAUUUUUUUUACAUUUUGCUCAGAAAAAGGAGAUGGAUUUAUGGUGACCUCAGUAGUGACCAAAUGGGCUAUCUUGUAGCUCUGAACAGAAGAUCCAGAAAAGGACCGAGAUUGUUAAAGAGACUCACGAUUUUGUAAAAAUGGUCAGAGGUCUUUUAAUAUAACCCACAAAAAAAUACUAUAAGAUUUAAUGGGAUUUCCAAAAGAAGUUUUAAUUAGCAAAAGAUUGUUUUGUUUUUUUCCUCGAAAUCUGUUCAGCAAUUCAUUUAAACUCCACACUUCUGCGUCUUUUACUGUGUCACCCACAAACACAUUCCAUAUGAUCCUAUUAAAAUGCAAUCUUUACAUCAAAAUCACCAGCCAAUCUCUUGAUAAUAUAGUUUAAUGCUUGCAUCAAACAAUUUUGUCCAUAAGGUGUCACUACGGGGAGUGUGCUUUAAUGAACCAUUUAGGGAAUCAUGAUAUACCAGAUGCAUCAUGACGUAAAGGGAUUGGGAUUUGCUUGACCCCAGCCUCUAAGGACCCUGGCCCCUCUUAUUCCCAGCAGAAGUUAUUGCUUGUCAACAGACUUUCUAACCGGUUUCUGUACCAGUGUUCCUGUAACAUUGUAGCACGGUAUUCCACUCACUCAAUGUUUGUGUCUUUGAGUACCCCAGGGGUUAAACCGAGAAUGGCAUUGCAGGGUCAGGGAGAGAAAGAGAGAGGAUUUGGCGGAUUGAAGCAGGGCAGGGACAGUUCAGUUUCCUCUGUUGGGAUUAUGCUUCAUGAAAAUCCGUUUAUAAAAAGCUUUUGUUUUCCCGGAGAUUAGAUGGCGUGUCAGGGUUUCCAUGACUUAAAAGAUGUAACAGAACGGUGCCUCCAUAUACCAGCUGUGCAUAUUCGUCCGUCAUCAAGGGCACAGGUAGACGGUUAACUCUAAUAGUGCCAGGAGAUUAGUCUCAUUAUUACACAUUGCAGAUUCCAUAGAAAAUAAUUUCAAUAUAAGCUGAUUAGUAGUUAAAAGAAGUCAUCUUUAAAAUGCGUGUGAUCGGGGACGGUGCUAGACUAUUUUGUGCCCUAUGCAAGAACCUGCUACUGGCAAAAUAAAAAUUGGCAGCUUAGAUUUUUUAAAACAGAUUUGUAGAAAAAAUUCAAAGCAUAAAAUGUGAAAGUAGUAAAUUUCCUUUAAACUCUAAGAAUGAGUAUCAUAAGAUGCCAACAGCACCAAUAUUAAAGGCAAAAUGUCCAUUAACCAACCCGUCAUGUUACCACAAUAUAUUGCUUAAAGUCAGACAGAGAAACAAACCGAGAGAUACAGAAACAAACCGAGAGAUACAUAUAGAGUUCAAAAUGUUAUGUGCAUUACCCACUUUCUAUUUUCUCUCCCUUUUUAUGUCCAUUCCCACCCGUUUCCAUGUUCAUUCCCUAUUCCCCCCCUUUCUAUAUCCAUUACCACAUUCCAUAUCCACCUCCCCUCUCGUGUCCAUUCUCCCCACUGGAUCCUCUCCACAUCUCCAUACCUACGGUCCAGUGAUUCUCCUCUUCUCUCCUGUGUGGCAGCCGCUGGGAGGAAGUGACAUAAGAUCAUUUCCUCCCAGCGCUGCCAAAGAGGGAGCACUGGAAAAUGUAGGGGGUGGGCGUAGAGUUUGUGCAGUGUUUAUUUUGUUUUGUUUUUUAUAUAAUGGCACUUUUUUUUUUUUCUUUAUUAUUCCUACAUUUUAAUUUUUGGGGAUACACAGACACCAUUACAAGUUAAAAACUCCUAAUAAUUUCCAAGUGGCAUUACCCAUAUAAUUAAUUACAGCAAGGCAUGAUCUAAUAACAUGAGCGGAUGCGGGGCUCCUUCUCACCUCCCUGCUGGCGGGUGCGUUUUUCUCUGCAUGGGGGGAGUGACUCAGUGGGAGGAAGUGAUGUUGGCUGGCAGCCUGAAUCUUGUUCUCGGAUUGGCUAAAGCUCACGGGAGACCGCAUUAAGCAGACUGGGCGAGGUGAAUGUGGCGGCCAGCUGACAGGAGAUGUUACCACUGUAAGAUGCAAUGUUAAAAUUCCUUCCUACACUGUCCUCGCUCGGUCAGCUUCAUGCCGUCUUCUGCAAACUUCAGCCAAUCUUAUCUUUGCUAGCGUUGCGCACAACAGUGCAUUUUGGGAGCAGUGUGGUGCAGUUUAUGAGGAAGCCAGCCCAACGGAGAGGCUACGGCCUAGGCGUCUGUUGACCCUAGGUGGCUGCCUAGUUUACCUAACCACAGCGCCGGCCCUGUGUGUGAUUAUUUCCUGAAUCGGAAAGAGAGUUCCUAUUUGUAGACCAUGGUAAUUGAGUUAUGACAAUCCGUUGGAUGAUUUCUCCAGGUUGACUAUUUUGGUCUCAUUCUCUUGUCAAUGCUGCCUUUCUGUCCAGUUCAGUGAAUGUACCCUGUCGGAUACCCCACAGCUUUCAGGAAAUCAGAGAGACAAAAUGGAAGUUCACUGGCGGAUACCGUGCCUCCAUUUUACUAUUCCUUAGGGAGACAAACACGGUUAUUUACUAAAUUGAGGAUUGUUGGGAAUACAAAGUGAGUUUAAAUUUAAGAUCAAAGUAGCCAAAAUGGAGAAAUUGGCCCAGUCAGCUGUGCUUCCAGUUCAGUUACUACAAUCUUAAAUUUAAAGUUCACUUAGAAUUUUAGAAAAUUCUUACUUUAGUAAUUAACUGUGAAAGAGAUCCCCCUUCCGUGGAGCGUCAGCACGUACCUUUAUAUACUUGAUUAGGAUACUCGUGGAAUCCAUUGAUACAGUAUACAAAUUGCUGUUCAUGGCAUUCCAAACUAGCUGUAAAGCUUAGAAAGCCUAUAACAACACAUUUUUGGGGUAAAGUAAUUGGGGUGUAGCUACAAAAUCUGAACAAAUGUUGUCUUCUGCCACCAUACCCCAUUUUUGUCAGACCUUGGCCUAACCCAGGCAUAGGCAACCUUCGGCACUGCAGAUGUUUUGGACUACACCUCCCACAAUGCUUUGUCAGCAUUAUGGGUGUAAGAGCAUUAUGGGGAAUGUAGUGCACAACAUCAAGUGCCGAAGGUUGCCUACCCCUACCCUACCCUAAUGACUACUGUUAUGUCACAUCUCGCAAUUUUUAAUGUUUUAUGUAUCCCCCUAUAAUUAAUAAAUAUGUUUGUGAGACUUGCUUUCAGUUUUGGUUCCCUGUCAAUCAUUGUUAAAUUUCAACCUUAUACCCUAUAUAAGUUCUGCCAUGUCUAGUCAUUGAACAUAAUAUUUGGGGUAAACAAAUAGAUGCAAUGGGGGAGAUUUAUCAAAGUGUCUUAUUUUCAGCAAUUUUGUUUGAGAAUAUUCGGGUCGAUUUACUAAAUCUGUUGGAUUUUUUCCAUCUGUUUCUUUUUUGCGCUCGAAAGAUCAUUCGCAAAUUUUUGCUGAUGUAUAUGAAUAUUUUUAUGCUACUAAAUUUUUGUCGGUUUUGUGAAUUGGAAUGCUCUGAGAAAACUAGCGGAAUUUACUAUAAAGAAAUCUUUUUAGAUCACUUUAACAAAUACAAUCAAUGAUGGAAGGUAGCUGCCAAUUUUCAGAACACUAUGAUAAAUCUCUCCCCCCAAUGUUUCUCUUUCUCCUCCUCCAAUUCAAUCUGUGCCCUGACUUUGCCAGGACCGAACUGGAUUGUCACAUCGAUUGCUAAACCUUUAAUAUACAUAUAAAGGAAAUGUCACAUGUAAAACGUUAAUGCCAGUUACAGGUGAUUUUUAUUCAGUGUUACCAGGGCCGGAUUAACAUAGGGGCUGAUGGAGCUGCAGCUCCAGGCCCAGGCCCAGGCCCAUAGAAUAGGCCCAUUGCAGUACACACUACUCUUAGGGUUUCCACCUGGCUGGUAUUUUAUUGGCACAGCCAGUAUUUGAGGCUGCCUGGCCGGUGCUGAUAUUGCAGUCGUACUGGCAAUACAAAUGCUGGUAUUUUUUUCAGUAUAAACAGAGAUUACGAUGCAGUACCAGCACUGGCCAGUAGGGGUCGCUGUGUGUGGAGAGAGGCAGGGAUAGGAAGUUCCAGCAUAUCCCUACCUGCUUAUCUCUACUCAAUGAUCCACAGGGGAGCAGCUACAGAGAGCCCGGACAGCAACUCCCACCCUGCAGAGACAGCCUACAGCUCAGGGAAGUGAGGGAUGGGUUGAAAGGGUGCAAGGAGACAUACACUGAGACACUAAGGGACAUUGAGAGACAUUAUGACAGACACUCUGGGACACUGGGAGACAUGGGGACACUGAGACACUAAGGGACAUUGGGAGACAUUAUGACACAGACAUUCGGGGACACGGACACAUGGGGACACAGUGUUCCCAUGUCUCCUAGUGCCCCUAUGUCUCCCAGUGCCCCAAGUGUCUCAAUGUCCCCAUGUCUCCCAGCCACUGUCCCUAGUGUCUGUGUCCCUGGUGUCUCAGUGUACCAAUUGUCUCCCAGUUACCCCAUGUCUCAAUGCCCCCAUGUCACCCAGCCAGUGACCCUAGUGUCUGUGUCCUCAUGUCUUCAAGUGUCCCCUAUUUUUCCAGUGUCCCCAUGUGUCCCAGCCAGUGUCCCCUAGUCUCCCAGUGUCCCUGGUGUCUCUGUGUCCCCAGGUUCCCCUGUGUUCCUAGUGACAUGGGGACCCUGGAAAACAUGGAGACAUAGACACAUGGGAAUACUGGGGGACACAGGGAGACAUGGGCACUGAAACCUGGGGUAAUCGACACAUGGGGACACAGAGUCAUGGGGGCACUGGGAGACAUGGGGACACUGGGAGACAUGGGGACACUGAGACACUGGGAGGUAUAACACAGGGAGACAUGGGGAUUCUGAGACAGUGGGAGACUUGAGACACUGGGAGCUAUCCAUCUAUACUGCAGAAUCAAACCAAGUAGUUUUUUGGUGAUUUUACAGCAUUUUCUUUUAUGUCACUCCUUGUGAUUUACAACAUGUGAUGUCACCCAUACAUAAUUAAUUAUGCAAAUUAGUAAGCCAGUAUGUUUUUCCAGGAAAGCUGGCAAGCCUACUUUUCACAUUCUCUUGCUUAAGUAUGGAAACUUAAGUGGGAUGGGAACAAAACUUGUGUGGACUGGCUGACAAUGAAAUUAGUUAAGGUAAUGCUGACUUUGGUCUCUCUAACACUGUGGCAUGUUCCGUUUCUUCUACACUCACUACAUACAGCUUUUCUCUGUCCCAGACCAUAUACCAGGAGCUUCUGCCUGCUACUAAGAAGGUAAGGAGACAAGUGGACCAGCGAGUGCUAGGGGACAGUCCUUAGAAAGCAAUGAGCGUGCGAGCGUGCGCAUCAUUAGAUGCAUUUAUGCCAAGCUCUGUGUGCUGUCUGCAUAGAAUGCCCUUAGUUGGCUAGCUUGCAUGGUAGGCAGGCAGCCUGACAUGCAUUCAUACCAGGCUGGCCUUCCAAUUCUUUGAGCAGACAUGUCCUCCUUUUGGGCAUGUUCGCCCCUUUUGGCAGGUUACGUGAUUUGUGUCAGUGGCACACCCUUUUACCGUGCCCAUUGACUUCUUGCUUGACUGGACACUGCUGUUAGGGGUUAUGGAUUUACUUGAAAGAUGAAAACAUAAAUUAGAGAGAGAUUAGCCUAGGGUAUGUGUUUUAUUAUAGCUGCUGCUUUCUUUCUCUCCAGCACCAUCUCCAUCAGAUACAUGAUGCUUGGGAGUGUUUUACUGUUUUUGGUCGAUAUGAUUCUGUAAUUAGGCCCAUCAUAAUUGUCAGCACCAGGCCCACUGGGCUGUUAAUCUGGCCCUGAGUGUUACUGUAUAUUUCUUAGGGAAGUGACCAUUCAUCUUUAAAACUCUCUAUGGGUCAUCCAUCCUCUGGGACUCCUCUGUAUUUCAAUCUUUUAAUAAUGCUCUGUAAUAAAUGUCAAACAUACUUCCAGACAAACAUACAUAUACAGACAUACACAGAAUGACAUACACAAAUAUGACAGAUAUACACAGAGAGACAUUCAUUCAUACACAGAAAGGCAUGCAGACAUUUAUAUAUAUAGAAAGUCAGACAAAUACAUAUACAGAAGCCAGAUAGACAGACAUAUGUACAUACAAAGAAAGACAGACCAAUAAAAAAAGACAGACAGACAUGCAUAUAUACAGAGAAACAAAUGUGAAUACAAAAAGACAGACAAACAUACAUGUGCACAGAAAGACAGAUCGACAUGUAUAGACAGAAAAACAUUCAGUCAGAAAGACAGACAAACAAAGACGUAUAUAUGCAGAAAGACAGACAUACAAAACAUACAUAAUCAGAAAGACAACAUACACAGAACGACAAACAGACAUACAUACACAGAACGACAGGCAUACAUACACAGAACGACAGACAUACAUAUACAGAACGACAGACAAACAUACACAGAAAGACAGACAGACAUACACAGAACGACAGACAAACAUACACAGAAAGACAGACAGACAUACACAGAAAGACAGACAGACAUACACAGAAUGACAUACACAAAUAUGACAGAUAUACACAGAGAGACAUUCAUUCAUACACAGAAAGGCAUGCAGACAUUUAUAUAUAUAGAAAGUCAGACAAAUACAUAUACAGAAGCCAGAUAGACAGACAUAUGUACAUACAAAGAAAGACAGACCAAUAAAAAAAGACAGACAGACAUGCAUAUAUACAGAGAAACAAAUGUGAAUACAAAAAGACAGACAAACAUACAUGUGCACAGAAAGACAGAUCGACAUGUAUAGACAGAAAAACAUUCAGUCAGAAAGACAGACAAACAAAGACGUAUAUAUGCAGAAAGACAGACAUACAAAACAUACAUAAUCAGAAAGACAACAUACACAGAACGACAAACAGACAUACAUACACAGAACGACAGGCAUACAUACACAGAACGACAGACAUACAUAUACAGAACGACAGACAAACAUACACAGAAAGACAGACAGACAUACACAGAACGACAGACAAACAUACACAGAAAGACAGACAGACAUACACAGAAAGACAGACAGACAUACACAGAACGACAGACAUACAUAUACAGAACGACAGACAAACAUACACAGAAAGACAGACAGACAUACACAGAACGACAGACAUACAUACACAGAACGACAGACAAACAUACAUGUGCACAGAAAGACAGAUCGACAUAUAUAGACAGAAAAACAUUCAGGCAGAAAGACAGAUAAACAAAGAUGUAUAUAUGCAGAAAGACAGACAUACAAAACAUACAUAAUCAGAAAGACAACAUACACACAUACACAGAACGACAAACAGACAUACAUACACAGAACGACAGGCAUACAUACACAGAACGACAGACAUACAUAUACAGAACGACAGACAAACAUACACAGAAAGACAGACAGACAUACAUGUACAGGAAGACAGACAUGCACUUUCCCUGCUGAAUGCCAGCAGGGAGCAGCCUGUAUGACAGGAGGCUGUGUCAGUCCCAGCAGGGAGCUGUGUUGAUUUCUUCCUCUCUGUCACAGGGAGGGGGUAAGAUUGGGGAGCUCAUGAGAAGUCGCCCUCCCUAGCUCUUAUCUCUGAUGUUACAGAACUGGCAGGCUGAAAACUAUGAGUUAUAGCCAGCUGCACAGGAAAAGUAGGCCAGGCACAGUUUAAAAACAGCGUUUGAAAAAAAGGAAAAGCUAAGGGAUUUCUUUCAUUUACUGCACAAAUGUGGGUACCUUGAAUUAAAUCACCAUAUUCAGCUGGUCACAUUAAUUGUAUCAAGGAGGCAUAGAAAAGGGUUUAUUUUUAAUCGCCGUAUAAAAUGACUCAUGGAAAGAAGAAAAACAGGACAAACGCUGACAUUCAUUUUAAAUUGGAUUAUCACCUAAACAGUGAAUUGGAGGGAAUUAAAAACCAAAUUGCAAAAUGUAGGCUUUAAUAGCCACGUUGUGACUGAAGUUAAGUUAGUUAUUACCUCAUUUUCAUUCGAGCCUAACUAUUAUAUGCAACACAUCUUACCCCUUGUGUCAUUUUACCACACUCCCCUUAGAAUGUAAGCUUGCUUGAGCAGGGCCCUCAACACUACUUGUCUUGUUGCAAAUACCUGUUUAUUAGUCCACCUGUUGUACAGUGCUGCAAAGUUUGUUGGCGCCUUAAUCAUCAUAAUACUGAUUUUACUUCAGUUCACGGCAAUUCACUGUUCAGUAAAUAAACCUCCUAACCAGGAAUUGAGAAAAACUGGCAUUGUGCCACCCACUCAACCAGGCAAAUAAUGGGUUAAAAUCCUUUUACACUUACCUGAUCCAGCACUGUGUUUGGCUCCUCCUCCACCGAUGUCAGCCAAUAGGGGAACCUAAUGAGUCAAACUCUGUGAAACUGGCGGAAGUACCUUUAGUGGCUGUCUGGUAGGCAGCCACUAGAGGCAGUCUUAGCCCUGCAAUAUAAACAUUGUCAUUUCUUUGAAACGGCAAUGUUUGCAGCUGCAGGGCUAAAAUGACAGGGGCAGUGCACUCAGAAGACUUCAAUGAAAUAAAGUCGUCUGGGGGCCUAUAGUGUCCCUUUAAGACUGCCAGAGAAUUGUAGUUCUAUAGCAGGCCGCUGUGUAUUUCUGAAACUGUUAUAUAAAGUAAUUAGUGAAUUUUUUUAUUAUGAAUUGUCAGAUCUUCCAGCAAGAUCGAAUCAUUAACCAAUUAAAUACCUCCUCUCUACCCUUCAUAGUGUUAACUGGCAGAAUGCAACCAAUCAGAGCUUCACGCCCGGCGUGAUGUGUUCGCAGACCGAAUCUCAGGUACGUAACACAUGUUCACACUGCCCGUAGUGAUGACAUAAACAUGCCUUACACAAACCAGACACUCAUAGAGUGGUGUACAAUUACAUUAAUAGCACUGAUUUCAUUCUCUGCAAAUAAAUGCCAUUCUAAGAAGUACCUCUGGGAAAUGAGUUACCAGGGGAAUGUUCUGUGGAUUCUAUUUAGGAUAUGUUUAUCUGCCACUCUCUCAGUCUGCUUCUUUCCCUCUUCUAUGGAUUUAUUCACUAAACCCUCACUUAUAGCAAAUUAUAAUCCAAAUAGCUCAAUUUUAGGAAAAAUAGCUGAUCUGGAAGUAACAAAGCUAUAGCCCCAGCUUGGCUAUUAUUAUACCUAUUUCGAUUUCAGUUUGUGACAAUUCAAAGUUUAGAGAAUAAACUUGUAUAUUUAUAUUUUUAUUAUUCUGUCUUUCAUUUAUCCCUUUUUUGGUUACUUUAUUUUGUAUUACUUUAGUGUUUGUUUUUUUUAUAAUUCUUUCAUGCUAUCUUGUUAGCUGUUAAUGUGUCCUUCAUUAUUACUUUAUUCUUAUAUUCCUCCAUUCUUGUUCUUACAGCCUUUCUCUCCCUUCCUUGAGUUCCGUCUUACUAUUUAUACUUCUCUCUUUUUAUCUCUCCCUUCUCUAUUCUUUAUUUCCUUAUUUUCUUUUGGUCUCUCUCUCUCUCAUUUUUCUUACUCCUUUACCUCUCUUUUGUCUCCAUCCUUACUCCUUUAUGUUAAUUCUUGCUUUUGAUAUUUUUAUCUCAUUAUUUUUCGUUCUAGUUUUUCUCUUCAGCUUUCAUUCAGUCUUUUUGUUUCUAUAUACAUUUUUUAAAAUUAUUAUCUUUAAUGUUUUAUCUCGUUCCUGCCCCGUUCUCUUUAUCCAGGCCAACAAGAUGAUCAGCUGUUUCUUUGAUUCGCUGACUCCUGAGAGCAUUCACCAAAUUGUGCCCGAGGCUUUAUAA